CACCAGGCCGGCGAUGACGUCGCCGUUGUCUCACGUCGAAGUCUCACCAAAAGUCUUCGCCAGCCGCCAGUUCGUCCGCGGUCUACCGGCUGGACGAGGAGCUCGUCCUUUUCCCCGACGUCUUCGCCGAGAGGUGUACAGUGGUUUAUUUAUUUUUUUCCUUACCACCGUUGACCAGCUAGUGAAACCAACCAGCAUUGGACCACGUAUACAAGGAGGAAUCGUGGCUGAAGGAGGCUGCUGUCAGCCAUGGGGACGGUCAAGAUGAAACGUCUCUGGCCGUUGCUGGUGUGGAUACUUCUAUCCUUGUGUCCGGCCGAAUCGCUGAGAGGACUCGGCCGCGGACCUAGGAGAGAAGUGUUCUUCCUGAACCUCGAGGACGGCUACUUCGGCUGCCAGGUGAACAAAUCGACGGACGUUCUACAGCUGCUCGAGUUGUCGAAACUGUGCGACCACCACGUCGACUGCUACCAGGGUACCGACGAACAACGCGACAGGCUCAAGUGUACAGAUGAUUGCACGAAGGAGGACGGGACCAAGUGCUUGAACGGCGUCUGCCUGGACUCCGUCUGCCACUGCAACGACGGUUUCGGCGGUUGCAACUGCCAAGUGCCAGACGAGAACGAGUGCAAGUAUCGGCCCUGUGAUAUAUUCGCGCACUGCACGAAUACCCUUGGUAGCUUUCAAUGUUCCUGUUUCCCCGGCUACCAGGGCGACGGUUUCCAUUGCGAAGAUAUCGACGAGUGCGCUAAUCCGGCCCUCGCCGCGAGAUGCGUGGAGAACGCCGAGUGCUGUAACCUCCCGUCGAACUUCCUGUGUAAAUGCAAGCCCGGUUAUAUCGGCGACGGCGAGGUCCACUGCGAGGACGUGAACGAGUGCACGAUAUCUGGCGCGUGCGGCGACAACACCGUCUGCCACAACAUCCCUGGGAACUACACCUGCGCGUGUCAGGAUGGCUUCACGGGAGACCCCUACGAAAGCUGUAUCGACAUAAACGAAUGCGACUACGCGGGCGCCUGUGGAAAGGGCGCGCACUGCGUGAAUCUACCCGGCGGCCACAAGUGCGAGUGUCCGGAGGGCUAUAACGGCAAUCCCGAGGAAGAAUGCGUGGACGUCGACGAGUGUUUGCGCAGCCCUUGCGGUCGUUCGGCUCAGUGCACAAAUGUGCACGGCGGUUUCCGUUGCUCCUGCCCGGAAGGAAUGAGCGGCGAUCCUUGGUUAGGCUGUCACGAUAUAAACGAGUGCGAGGAGAGCUCGCCGUGCGGGGCGGACGCAGAUUGCGUGAACACGGAGGGUAGUUACGAGUGCAGAUGCCGGGCCGGCUAUCAGAUGGACCCGACCCACGGUUGCAUCGACGUGAACGAGUGCGGUCGAGCGGAUGCAUGCGCGGCGAACGCCAGAUGCAUCAACGUCCCGGGAUCGUACAAGUGUAUCUGCCCUCAGGGUUUCAUCGGUCAAGGACUAACGCUAUGCAAAAACGUGAACGAAUGCGAGAGAAAUCCUUGCGGCGAGAACGCCGAGUGCACCGACACGAUCGGCAGCUUCGUCUGCAGUUGCAAGCAGGACUACACUGGCGAUCCGUUUAAGGGAUGCAGCGAUAUCGACGAAUGCACCGCGUUGGAGAGUCCAUGCGGAAGGUACGCGAUUUGCAAGAACGCGGAUCCUGGAUACACCUGUGUCUGUCCACCGGGGUACAGUGCCAACCCCAGUCCGACAGUCGCCUGUGAACAGGUUGACGUGACUACCCUCUGCAAGUCGAACUUCGACUGCGUGAACAACGCUGAGUGCAUCGAGGGUCAGUGCUUCUGUAAGAACGGAUUCAAGGCCGUCGGGGCUGAAUGCGCGGACCUCGACGAGUGUCUCUCGAAUCCCUGCGGGCCGUCGUCGAUCUGUACGAACACGAGAGGAAGUCACCAUUGCGAGUGCGAAUCUGGUUUUGUUGGAACGCCGCCGCACAUACCCUGCAAAGCACCUUGCGACGAAGUGACUUGCGGAGAUCACGCAUACUGCAAGGCUGACGGCCAUGAGGCUUAUUGCAUCUGCGAGGAUGGCUGGACUUUUAAUCCGAACGAUAUCGCGGCUGGAUGUGUUGAUAUAAACGAGUGUGACGCGGUAAAUGGUCCUACGGGCCGAUGCGGCAAAAACGCAGUCUGCACGAACACUUUGGGAGGAUUCAGCUGCCAGUGCAGGCCCGGGUAUUCUGGGAACGCCUUCAAACAGUGCUUAGACGUAGACGAAUGUACGAGACACGACGCUUGCGGCCAUGGUGCCACAUGCACGAACGCGGAAGGUUCUUACACGUGCGCCUGUCCUGAAGGGACCAUACCGGAUCCUGAUCCUUUCAACAAGUGCGUAGGCAUAGUGACUUGCGACGUUGACGGCGACUGUCCAGGGAACGCCAUUUGCGAUCCUCAGAAAAGGUGCUUGUGUCCUGAACCUAACGUUGGAAACGACUGUAGACAUCCAUGCGAGGACCUGUCUUGCGGACCUAACGCUCAUUGCAUGCUCUCCAACGACAUUGCGACGUGCCUGUGCCGCAGCGGCUACACAGGGAAGCCGGGAGUAAAGGGUGGCUGCAGGGACAUUGACGAAUGCGCGAUCAAUCCGUGCCCUCAGGGUGCAAUCUGCAACAACGAGCCCGGUUCAUUCUCCUGUCAGUGUCCGAGUGGUACCACAGGCGAUCCUUACAGCGGCGGUUGCCAGGAAUCGAAAGCUCCCCACGUUUGUGGGCCCAGCACUCCCUGCCCAGCUGGGGAACAGUGCAUCAAGGAUGAGUUCAUCGGCAGCAGCGUGUGCAUCUGUCAGAGGGGCUACACUCGGGACCACGAAACCGGCAAGUGCAGAGACAUCAACGAGUGCAUGGAGCUCAGGGACAAGCCUGCUUGCGGCGUCAACGCCAUUUGUAAGAACCUGCCUGGUAGCUACGAGUGUCAGUGUCCGCCCGGCUUUAAUGGGAAUCCCUUCUCGCUCUGCGAAGAAUGCAACAGCAUCGAGUGCCAGUGCCAACCACCGUACAAGAUUGUCAAUGGCAAGUGUAUGCUGGCCGGGUGUUCCAAGGGCGAGAAGUGUCCAAGCGGCGCAGAAUGCAUAACGAUUGCUGGAGGAGUUAGUUACUGCGCUUGUCCUAAGGGCUACACCACUAAAGUCGACGGUUCCUGCGAAGAUAUAAACGAGUGCAUCGUUGGCCAUCAGGUCUGUGGCUACGGAGCAGAGUGCAUUAACCUACCGGGAUCUUAUCAGUGCGUUUGUCCACACGGCUACGGCGGAGAUCCUUACAAUGGCCUUUGUUCCCCUGCUCAGAAAAGAUGCACCAGCGAUAAUGAGUGCAAGGCGAACGAAAAAUGCGUGCAGCCUGGCGAAUGCGUUUGUCCACCGCCAUUUUACACGGAUGCUCUCGAUGGAAACCUUUGCAAGAAUCCCUGUGAUCGAUUUCCGUGUGGUAUCAAUGCAAAGUGCACGCCGAGCGACCCUCCCAAGUGCAUGUGCGAGGCUGGCUACGAGGGAGACCCGCAACACGGCUGCGUGGACGUCAACGAGUGCGCGAACAAUCCUUGCGGGCAUGGUGCUUACUGCAUUAACACGAAGGGAGAUCACAUUUGCGAGUGUCCGAAGGGGACAGUGGGCGAUCCCUACGGUGCUGGGUGUACAGGAGUGGCUGUACCGAAAACCGAGUGCUCUUCUAACGACGACUGUGAUAAUAUUUUCGCUUGUGUGAAUGGUAGAUGCGUGAAUCCUUGUGAUAACAUACCCUGCGGACCGAACGCGUACUGCGAGCCUGAUAAACACGCUGCUUGGUGUCGAUGCGUGAUAGGAUUCGUCGAGGGCAAGAACAACGAAUGCGUUUCUCAAUGCGAUGGCUUCGUGUGUGGCUCUGGAGCGCAGUGCAUCGUGAGCUACAGCGGGCCAACUUGCAAAUGCAUCGAAGGUUUCAUGGGUAAUCCGUUCCCCGGUGGCCAAUGUCUACCGGAUGUCUGUUCUCCGGAAGUGCCAUGUGCGGAACCGAGUGUGUGCAUAAGCGGCAGGUGCAAACGACGCUGCGAAGGAGUAGUGUGCGGCGUGGGAGCUUCGUGUGACCCUGCAACCAACAAAUGCGUUUGUAAUCCCUACUUCAUUGGGAACCCAGACCUACUUUGCAUGCCCCCGAUUCAACCUGCCACCUGCGAUCCUGGCUGCGGUUCGAACGCUCAUUGUGAGUACAGUUUGCAAGAUUCCAAGUGUGUCUGCAAUCCUGGCACCACUGGGAAUCCCUAUCAUGGCUGCGGAGUACAAGAGAAGUCUGACUGCACCACUGCAUUGUGCGGCAAGGACGCGCAUUGCAACGCUGGGCCGAACGCUGUGGAGUGCCUUUGUCCUCCAGGAUAUGCGGGGAAUCCUUACAUUCAGUGUCACGACAUUAACGAAUGCAACGGUAAUGCCUGUGGAAGCAAUGCGGUGUGCAUUAACACCAUUGGCAGCUACGAUUGCCGCUGCAAAGAAGCCUUCUUUGGCAAUCCCUUCAUCGGCUGCCAACAAGUACAAAUCGGUCCAUGCACCGAUCCUGCAACGUGUACCUGCAGCGAGACAGUGCCGUGUCCCUUCGACUAUAGUUGCGUGCAUGGCAAGUGCAUAAACCGGUGCAGUGAUGUUAGGUGUGGUCCGCGUUCAGUCUGCCAGGAUGGUGCUUGCGUUUGUCCUCCAGGCUACAGCGGGAAUCCUAAUGAUCUCAGCAAAGGAUGCCAUCUUCAUGGUCACUGUUCUAACGAUUUGGAUUGUGAACCCCAACAAAUCUGUUUCCAAGUUGGCAAAGGGGUCCGGAAAUGCGUGGACGCUUGUAGUAAGCUCCAGUGUGGUCCAAAUGCAUUGUGCGUAACCCAGCAUCAUGUGUCCUCUUGCUUGUGCAUCGAUGGAUACCAAGGAAAUCCCAGCAACCUGAUAGAAGGCUGCCAACCUUCCAAAUCUGUUAUAACACCUGGCUGUAUCCGUGAUUCAGAUUGUCAAGAAGGAUUCUUCUGUAUUGUUCUUGACAAUGGUGCCCGUGAUUGUGUGAAUCCAUGUAGUAAAAUAGUCUGCGGUGCCCAUCAGAAGUGUGAACCCGACAUAAUCCCUGGUCAUGCCACUUGCAAGUGUCAAGAUGGUUAUGAAUGGAAUUCGAUAUUAUCAUCUUGCGAGAAACCAUCAGUACCUGAUUGUAUUUCCGACGAUGACUGCCAUGCAACUGAAGCUUGUAGACCAGAUACCCUAGGUGUACUGAAAUGUGCUCCUGUAUGCCGCAGUUUCACCUGUGCCAUCAAUUCUCAAUGUAUAACUGAACGACAUCGUGGACGUUGCGAGUGUCUACCUGGUUUUAUUGGUAAUCCAAAUGACAGACAGGGAUGUCAGACUCCUAAGAAGGAUCAGUGUUCAACCGACAGCGAAUGUCCGGAAGAUCAGACCUGCAGAGGCACAGACGAAGGUUUAUUGACCUGUCAACCCGUUUGCAACUUUAUUUCUUGUGGACCUAAUGCUCUAUGUAUAGUUCAUAAUCAUGUUGCAAAUUGCGAAUGCCCGCCAGGACUCUUUGCUGGCGAUCCUACGGACAUGAUCAAAGGAUGUCGUACCGUUCCUUGCGUUUACAAUAUUGACUGUCCACCUACUCAGCUUUGUAACAGAUUAACUCAUACCUGUUACGAUGUUUGCGACGAAAAUGCUUGUGGUGUUAAUGCUGUUUGCAUAGCGGAUGAUCAUAGAGCGAUUUGCCAAUGUCCUCCCGGGCUUCGACCAAAUCCUGUACCGGAUGUAGAGUGCGUUGCGAUCGAGGCAUGCCAUCCGAAUCCAUGCCAUCAAACCGCCGUUUGCGUACCGGGACCAUCCAACAAUCCUGUUUGCCAAUGUCCGCCAAAUUUUGUCGGAGAUCCCUACGUCAAAGGAUGCCAGCCGGAAGGAUAUUGUGCCAGUGGUAAAGACUGUCCAGUUCACUCUAUUUGCCACAAUCAUCGUUGCAUUAAUCCUUGCGAAGAUGCUUGUGGAUCAAAUUCGAUUUGCGAAAUCAUCAAUGGCCAGCCCACGUGCAAGUGCAUUCACAAUUUCGUUCCAUCCACCAAAGGUCCGCAGGAUGGAUGCGUCAGAUCUGCGAAUUAUUGUACUGUUGAUGCUGAUUGCGAGGAAAGCGUGUGCCUUGAGGGACAGUGUAUAGCUGUCUGUCGAACAACCACAGAUUGUUCUGUUGGAGAAAAAUGUGUCAACAGCAAGUGUGUACUUCCUUGUGUAUCUCAUAGUCAGUGUCAGUUGGAUCAAGCAUGUGUGAAUGGAGGAUGCAUUUUGGGAUGUCGUAGCAAUAAGAAUUGUCCUAACACACAAUCGUGCAUCAAUAAUAAAUGUCAAGAUCCAUGCGGUAUAUUAGAUGUGUGUGGGCCAAAUGCAAUUUGUAGUUGCACCAAUCAUGCUACAACUUGUACUUGUCCACUUGGCUUCCAUGGAAACCCUACACCUCAACAAGGAUGUGUUAGGGUACCUAAUAUUUGUGAAGGUGCUCAAGAUUGUCCAAGUCAACAUGUCUGUGAGUCUGGGUUCUGUCAAUGUCAAUGCACUGAACAGAAUAACUGUGCUCAAGGAGAACGCUGUAAGAAUGGUAUCUGUGUGAAGAUAUGCUAUAGUGAUAGCAACUGUUUGCCUGGAGAAUUAUGUAUUGAUGGAGUCUGUGAGGUGGGUUGUACAUCUGAUGCUGGCUGCAAAGACAAUGAAGUCUGCAUUAAGAACAAAUGCAGAUGCAGUCAUGGAUUCAUUGCUGGACCAGAACACUGUCUAGACAUCAAUGAAUGUAACGAUGAACCCUGCCACUCUAGUGCAGAGUGUAUAAAUCUUCAUGGAUCCUAUCGUUGUAUAUGCCCACAAGGCACAGCAGGUGAUCCUGUGGGAUCAGGUUGUGUGAUACCUCAUCAAUGCAACAUAAAUGCAGACUGCCCUGAUACUCAAGCCUGCAUUCAUCACAACUGUACUGAUCCUUGUUCCUUGGGCGAUUGUGGGUCCAAUACUGUCUGUACUGUUGUGGAUCAUACAGCUGCCUGUCAGUGUCAACCUGGCUACAUUGGUGAUGCCUCUGGAUGCUUCAGAGUGGAAUGUCUUUCCAACAACGAUUGUCCCACGGAUAAAUAUUGUAAUCAAGAUACCAACAAGUGUAGUAGUCCUUGCAAUCAAAUGAACUGUGGAUAUGGCAACUGCAUAGCUUCUGACCAUGUAGGAAUUUGCAAAUGUUAUCCUGGAUUUAUUCUAGCAGGUGACAUCUGUGUUGAUGUCAAUGAAUGUUUAGAAAAUCCUUGUCAUUCCACAGCAGUUUGUCAAAAUACAGAGGGUUCAUACGCUUGCGUUUGCCCACACGGAUUGGUAGGGGAUCCUUUCAAGUCUGGCUGUAAACAACCCGGAGAUUGCUUCACAGAUUUCGAUUGUCCAAUUUCUGCAGCUUGUAUUGACAACAGAUGCACUAAUCCUUGCGACAGUUCACGUAUCUGUGGUAGGAAUGCAGAAUGCUUUGUGCAAGAUCACGUACCUCUCUGCAGAUGUCCCGGUCAAACUACAGGGAACCCAUCUUCUGAAUGCACACAUCUUGAGUGCAACUACCAUAGCGACUGCAACCCAUCUGAUGCAUGUUUCAAUCAUAAGUGUGUUGAUCCUUGUUCUUUAUCGAACGUCUGUGGUCAAGGAGCCGAUUGUUCUCCUUUGAAUCAUAGCGCAGUGUGCACAUGUCAACCUGGAGGUACUGGUGAUCCAAAUUUGGGUUGCACACCUGUUCAGUACUGCAAGUCCGACUCCCAGUGUGCUACAGGAUCAGCAUGCAAUGGAGGAAUAUGCACAGCUCUUUGUGGUAGCACGAGAGAUUGCAUUGGUGAUCAACUCUGUAUCAAUGGCCUCUGUCAGCCUACUUGCAAGAGUAACUCUAGCUGCCCAGAAUUCCAGUACUGCCACAAUAAUAUAUGUGUUCAAGAAUUACGUUGCAUAUCCGACGAUGAUUGCUCUUACGACGAAAAAUGUAUCAAGAACAACAUUGGGCAGGCGGAGUGUCACAAGACUUGUGAUUUGGUACUAUGCGGACGCAACGCCGAAUGUAAAGCAGAUGACCACAGAGCCGUGUGUUCUUGCAAAGGUGGAUUCUUUGGGAAUCCCAAAGACGAUAAGAUUGGUUGUCAGCCUAUUGAAUGUGAGGUCAAUGAAGAUUGCAGCGAGGAGAAAAUUUGUGAUACGCAUAAAUGCAGAAUUGCCUGCUUGGCCAACAAUCCUUGCGGUGUUAAUGCUAUCUGUACCGCAGAGAAACAUCUCCAGGUUUGCACGUGUCAGCCCGGAUAUACCGGAGAACCAACCCAUGGUUGUCAGCUGAUCGAUUAUUGCCAGAACGACCCUUGCGCUCCAGGAACCGUUUGUGAGAAUUCCAGAGGAUCUUACAAGUGUCAUUGUCGACAAGGAAUGGUCGGUGACGCGUACAACAGUGGAUGUCAACCACCGGUUGAAUGCCUUCAAAACAAUGACUGCCCACUUACUGCCAAGUGUAUAAACAUUAACAACGUGCCAAAGUGUUUCGAUGUGUGCUCACGGACUCAGUGCGGACCAAACGCAGAUUGCUUUGCCAACAAUCACGUGGCCGCGUGUCAGUGUCGGCCGGACUACGAAGGUGAUCCGAACAAUUUAAGUGUAGGGUGUCGGCCGAAGCCGGUUAUCUGUUCAUCAGCCGCCGACUGCUCGCCGAACACCUAUUGCUACGAAGGAAUCUGCAGACCGUCCUGCCAAUCGGACGAAGAAUGCAACCUAUCAGACAUGUGUUUGAACGGGCAAUGUCUCGAUCCUUGCAACAUCAGAGCCGCGUGCGGAAUAAACGCCGAGUGCAACGUGAGGAGCCACAUUAAACAGUGCAGCUGUCCUCCCGGCUUCACUGGCAACUCGGAACUGGAGUGUGUGAGACUGCCGGUGUCCUGCAGAGACAGCAACGAUUGCAACGAAGGCAAUACCUGCCGCGACAACGUGUGCCUGCCUAUAUGCGUCACCGACAACGAAUGCGCGUUCAACGAGAAAUGCGUGCGCGACAAUUGCCUGCUCACGUGCAGGCUGGACAACGACUGCUUCUUGGGCCACAUAUGCCUGCACAACAUGUGCACCUUCGGCUGUCGCGCGGAUGAGGACUGCAACGCGAACCAGGCCUGUAUCACGAACAAAUGCAUCGACCCCUGCGAGGCGACUCCAUGCGGACCGAACGCCAAGUGCACCGUGUUCAAUCAGCGAGCCACUUGCUCGUGCCCCGCUGGAUUCAUACCGAACCCAACAGCCAAGGUCGCGUGCUUGCGCUCGCCUGGAUCCGCUUGUCAAGCGAACAGGGAUUGCGCAACGGGAACAGCUUGUAUAGGAGGCACCUGCACACCGGUGUGCUCCACGGACUUGAACUGUUUGAGUAACGAGCGCUGCGACCAGGCUGGUAUCUGCAAAUCAUUGUGCAGGAGGGACGAAGAUUGUAGGAGCGGCGAGAUCUGCGAAGGUCUGGUCUGCGCUAUCGGAUGCCGCGCCGACGUGGAGUGCCAGGAAAAUUAUGCGUGCAUAAAUAACCAAUGCCAAGAUCCGUGCUCUCUUCCUGAUGCCUGCGGAGUGAAUGCCAAAUGCUCGAUUGUGAAUCAUCAGAAGUUAUGCGCCUGUCCCGCGCCGCUUGGCGGAGAUCCUCUAAUUGGAUGCAAACAGGCGUUCUUGCCGUGCUCAACGGAGCUAGACUGUCCGACCGGUCAGACUUGUUACGGCCGAUCCUGUUACGCCACGUGUAGGAGCGACGCCAACUGCCUGAGCGACGAACGAUGCGACGGAGGAAUUUGCAAGGCGAUCUGCAACAGCGACGACCACUGCGUGGCGAAUCAGAUUUGUCAGAACCGAUUGUGCGACAUCGGAUGUCGCAGCGAUAACAGCUGUCCCAACGAUGAGUCUUGCGUAAACAACAAAUGUAGAAAUCCAUGCGAGAACGGAGAGGCUUGCGGAGAAUGCGCAGGCUGCCGCGUGGUCAACCACGUGGCACAAUGCAGCUGCCCAGCUAACUACUAUGGCAACGCGUUGGUUAGCUGCGUGAAGUCCAUGGUCCCUUGCGACGGAUCCUGCGAAUGUGACGAGAUAGGCUUCUGCACGACAAGCUGCGCCAGCCAAGAUCAGUGUUCCUGUGGAGAGAGUUGCCACUCUGGAAAAUGCCGCAUUAAAUGUGACAUCAAUAAUUCUUGUCCAAAGGGCUACGUAUGUGAUGGAGGCUUAUGUCUAAUCGGCUGCCAUACUCAUUCCGACUGCCCAUCCUCGUUAUCCUGCAUCAGUGGCCAAUGCGAAGAUCCAUGCUCCGCCAAUGGCUCACCCUGUGGAAUCAACGCGCUGUGCCGCGUGUCCAAUCACCGGGCAGUGUGUCUCUGUCCAGAGGGUUACCAAGGGGAGCCGAGUCAGGAGUGCUACCAACUGGAGUGUCACCGGGACGACGACUGCGAGGCGAACAAACGUUGCAGCGAAGAUGGAGUCUGCACGAAUCCUUGCCUGCAGCACGGAGUUUGCGGGUUCAACGCGCAAUGCAGAGUGGUCAAUAGGAAAGCGCAAUGCUCUUGUCCACCUGGACAUUACGGGAAUCCCAAGAUCAACUGCAAGAAAGGCGGAGAUCAAUGCUUGAGAAGACCAUGCGGCGUGAACGCGAAGUGCAGGGAGACUCUGAAUGGUUUUGAGUGUACCUGCGACCCUGGCUGCCAAGGUGAUCCGCAUCAGGCUUGCAUCUGCGACGGAGGCGAACUCUGCAAGGACACCCGUUGCGGACAGAACGCAGCCUGCCGCAUUUACAAGAACCAGCCCCAGUGUUAUUGUCCACCCAACUUCCCGUUCGGCGAUCCUAUGCAUAGCUGUAGUAUAGAUAAGAGUUUAGGUGACUGUCGCACGAACGGUUGCGGAAAAGGCGCGGAAUGCAUUAGAGACGGCACGAUAUUCGUCUGCCGGUGUCCACCGGGUACGAGCGGCUCGCCGGACAACGAGUGCAGCACAGAUACCAAGUGCAGAACCCACGACGACUGUCUCUCUCAACUGGCCUGCAUCAACCAACAGUGCUUGAACCCUUGCACCGUGGAGAACCCCUGCGACUUCGUCGAAGUUUGCCACGUUCAGGAUCACAGACCAGUCUGUGUAAAAGAUCUACUGAACGAUACGAGUUGUCCUUAUUGUCCACCCGGCAUGCAGUGCGAUCCGGCGUCCAACACAUGCGUGAAAGCGGGUUGCACUAGCGACAAAGAUUGCCCGUUGACCACGGCGUGCAUCGCGGCCACUUGCCAGGAACCCUGCCUCCACCGGAACCCGUGCGUCAAGAACGCGGUCUGCGUGAACUCGAACCAUCGGGCCGAGUGCAGCUGCAACGAGGGCUAUCACGGGAACGGAUUCCUCUAUUGUGCUCUUGAUGAGAGUGGCAAGAAUAUCUGCCACUACAACGAUGACUGUCCACCGAGCAAGUAUUGCGACCGCCAAAACAGACUGUGCAUUGAUCCUUGCCUUGAAAGUGACUGCGGAGAGAACGCUAGCUGUUUGCCAGUGAACCAUCAACCACAAUGCAAAUGCUUGCCAGGUUACGAGGGUAAUCCUUUGCUAGGUUGCACAACAAUAUCCUCAGAUCCUUGCGUUCCGAAUCCUUGUGGCUUGGACGCGAUGUGCGAGAAUGACAAUGGCAAUCCGGUGUGCUUCUGUCCAAAAGGCUUGACUGGAAAUCCGUUCGAACAGUGCAUUCCAGACGGUGACAUGUGCCACGGCAAUCCAUGCGGAAUAAACUCUGGUUGCCGCGUGGUGGCAGGGCAGGUCAGGUGUUUCUGCCUGCCAGGAUAUGAGGGAUCUCCUCCUGAAUCUCCAUGCGUGCUACCCAGCAAUCCCUGCGAGCCUUCACCUUGUGGACCCAACACUCAGUGCACUAUCCUUUCCAGCGGACUUUCCAAGUGCACGUGCUUGCCUGGGUACAUUGAAAGUCCCAACACCAUCAGAGGAUGCGUGCCAAAGUCAGACCAAUGUGAACCUAAUCCUUGUGGGCUUGGCGCAAGAUGUGACGCGAAUAGAAUACCACCUUGUUACUGUCCUGAGCACACUGUUGGAAAUCCUUAUCAAAGCUGUGCAUCGCUACCGGUCAACGUUCCUGAUCCAUGUUUACUGAUUCCUUGCGGUAAGAACGCAAUCUGCAUCAACGCGACUGGUAUCGCCAGAUGCGAAUGUGUUCCGCCGUACAUUGGCAACCCAUACAUGGACGGCUGCGAAGCAGAGUGCAUUGUGAAUCAGGACUGCGAGUCUCAUUUGGCGUGUUUCAAUCAGCACUGUAGGGAUCCCUGUCCAGGUGUGUGCGGUGCUAACGCGAGAUGCGAGGUAGACGAUCACGUUCCAGUUUGCUCUUGCCUGCCUGGAUACACCGGUGAUCCAUUUGGUUCUUGUAAGAUUGAGAAAUCACCUCCUCCGACGCAAAAUCCUUGCAUGCCAUCGCAAUGUGGGCCACACAGCAUCUGUCGCGUGAUGAAGGACCGCGCUGUCUGCUCGUGCAGCCCAGGAUACCACGGCACGCCUCCAUCUUGCCGGCCAGAGUGUCUAGUUAGCUCAGACUGCCCUGUACACUUGGCUUGCAUUGCUCAAAAGUGCAGCGAUCCUUGUCCUGGCUUGUGCGGACAGAACGCUCUUUGUCAAGUUGUCGGUCACAAUCCUAUUUGCAGCUGUCCUCCGAAGUUCACUGGAGAUCCGUUCACCCAAUGCGUUAAAGAAGUUGUACCACUGCCUACGCCAGGACCCAAGAAUCCUUGCGUGCCUUCUCCUUGCGGACCAAACGCAGAUUGUCGUGUCCAAGAGAAUCAUCCGGUUUGCACGUGCGUCAGCGGAAUGCUUGGAGCACCACCGAACUGCAGGCCAGAGUGUUUGAUUCAUCAGGAUUGCCCGAAUUAUCUGGCUUGUGUCCAAAAGAAGUGUGUGGAUCCUUGCGCUGGGUCCUGUGGAUUUAACACAAAUUGCACUGUCCAGAACCACCGGCCUAUGUGCCAGUGUUAUGACGGCUAUGAAGGGGAUCCUUUCUCUGGAUGCAGUAAAGUUUCUUAUCCCGUACCACUGCCUUGUGAUCCAUCGCCCUGCGGUGCGAAUGCGGUGUGCAAAGAAAGGAACGGAGUUGGCUCCUGUGCCUGUUUGCCUGACUACACCGGAGAUCCUUACGCAGGAUGCAGACCCGAAUGUGUUCAGAACUCUGACUGCGUGCAGGCGAAGGCUUGUAUAAACAACAAAUGCAAGGAUCCGUGCUUAGGAGCCUGUGGUUUGAACGCUCAGUGCCAAGUCAUCAAUCAUCAGCCUUCGUGCAGUUGUCUAUCCGAUUAUACUGGUGAUCCAUUAAAAUCCUGUCAUUUGUCACCUGUUACACCAAUACCGGGUGAUCCAUGCCAACCAUCCCCUUGCGGGCCGUACAGCAAUUGUCGAGUGAUCGAUAACCACGCGGUUUGUUCUUGUCAACCAAAUUACGUUGGCAGUCCGCCACAGUGUCGUCCAGAGUGUGUGGUUAGCACAGAUUGCACUCAGAAUACAGCGUGCAUCCAUCAGAAGUGUGGAGAUCCGUGCGUAGGCACUUGCGGCCAGAACGCUGACUGUCAGGUCAUCAAUCAUAACCCAGUUUGCAGUUGCUCUUCUGGAUACACUGGUGAUCCAUUCUUCGGAUGCGUUAAAGAACCUGAAGCCAAAGUACCCGGUCCGGAACCAAGCGGCAAUCCGUGUCUUCCAUCGCCUUGCGGACCAAAUUCACAGUGCCGCGUGAUAGACGGUUUCCCUGCCUGUUCGUGUCUGCCUAAUUACGUCGGCAGAGCUCCCAACUGUCGUCCGGAAUGCGUCAUCGACGAAGGCUGUCCUGGAAAUCUAGCUUGCCAGAACGAGCAGUGUGUCGAUCCUUGCCCAGGUUCAUGCGGUGUCAACACUUACUGCAACGUUGUAAAACAUAACCCUCUUUGUAUCUGUAAUGCUGGAUACACUGGAGAUCCGUUCACCGAAUGUUCUCCGAUAAUCGAAGUACCCACCACGACAGAACAGCCUCGCACCCCAUGCAACCCAUCUCCUUGCGGUGCAAAUGCUGUUUGCAACGAGAGGAACGGUGUAGGAUCCUGCACAUGUUUGCCAGAGUAUAUCGGAGAUCCGUACACGGGCUGCAGACCUGAAUGUGUCAAGAACACCGAUUGUGAUCGUGACAAGGCUUGUCUGCACAACAAAUGCGUCAACCCUUGUCCUGGUACGUGUGGCGAAGGAGCCACUUGUAGAGUGGUGAAUCAUGCUCCAUCUUGUUCCUGUUUGCCUGGGUACACCGGAGAUCCGUUCAACUUGUGUAUCAAAUUGGAAGAUACGCCGCAACCGGUACCAGAGAAUCCUUGCGAACCUUCGCCUUGUGGACCCAACAGCAACUGUCGCGUUCAUAACGGACACGCGAUAUGCCUCUGCCAACCAGGCUUCAUUGGAAUACCACCCACUUGUCGUCCAGAAUGUACAGUCAGUUCCGAGUGUUCUCAGAACAAAGCAUGCAUCGAGAACAAAUGCGCUGAUCCUUGUCCGGGAUCUUGCGGACUGAACACCAAGUGUCUAACUGUGAACCAUAAUCCUAUCUGCACGUGUGCUGCUGGAUAUACAGGAAAUCCACUGAUUCAGUGCACGAGAUUCAAUAUGUCCGAUGUACCAUCUAAAGGCGCUGGAAAUCCAUGCUCGCCCAAUCCUUGCGGGCCAAAUUCUCAGUGCAGAGUAAUUGGUUCUCAGCCUGCUUGCUCUUGUCUGAUGAACUUCAUCGGGCGUUCGCCAAAUUGCAGACCCGAGUGCACAGAUGAUUCUGAAUGCUUCCACUCGGCGGCUUGCAUAAAUCAGAGGUGUAAGAAUCCAUGUCCUGGAGCAUGUGGAGAGCUCGCUAGGUGUACGGUUCAAAAUCAUCUUCCUAUUUGCACUUGUCCAGAGGGAUACGAGGGUGAUGCCAGCGUUCGAUGCGUACUUGCACCAACACCAACAACGGAUAUGAGUGUACCUAAUCCAUGUUCACCGAAUCCUUGUGGUCCAAAUGCUCAGUGUCGCGAGAGGAACGGCGCGGGAGCUUGUGUCUGCCCAUCAGAUCUCAUUGGAGACCCUUACGACAAUGAGAAGGGAUGCCACAGAGAAUGUGAAUCGAAUAAUGACUGUGCUCCGCAAUUGGCAUGCAUUGGAUUCAAAUGUACCGAUCCUUGUCCAAGCACUUGUGGCACUUUGUCCAUUUGCAAUGUUCAGCAACACGUUCCUGUGUGCACUUGUCCUCCUGGAUACACAGGAGAUCCAUACUUCGCUUGUGAACUUAAAGAAAUUAUGAGUCCACCGUUAGAUCCAUGCUCGCCUUCACCCUGCGGACCCAACAGCAAAUGCCGAGAAAUAAAUGGGCAAGCUGUAUGCACGUGCCUUCCAGAAUACCGUGGAAUUUCACCAAAUUGUAGGCCAGAGUGCGUCGUGAAUGCGGAGUGUCCACCUCACUUGGCGUGUUUGAACAAGAAAUGCACAGACCCUUGUCCUAACACUUGCGGAUUAAGGGCUCAGUGUACCACUAAAAAUCAUAAUCCGAUUUGUUCCUGUCCUGUUGGGUUCACUGGUGACCCUUUCACUCAGUGUUCCUUCAUCGCUUUCAAUGCUAGCACAUCCACGGAACGGCCGCCAUCUUGCACACCUACACCUUGCGGACCAAAUUCUCUGUGCCAGCUUAUAUCUGGAAAUCCAGCAUGUUCCUGUUUACCAAAUUAUAUUGGAGUCCCUCCGGAAUGUCGACCAGAGUGUAUUCUAAGCUCGGAAUGCAAAAGUCAUCUCGCCUGUGUUAAUCAGAAGUGUCAAGAUCCUUGUGUAGGCUCCUGCGGUGUCAAUGCUCAGUGCCAUGUCCUGAAUCACAUACCUGUUUGCACUUGUAUGGAAGGGUUCACUGGUGAUCCAUUCACGCAGUGUAUAGUCCUCCCUCCAACCACACUGCCACCAGUAAGUGAUCCUUGUAGCCCAUCUCCCUGCGGACCCAACGCCUUAUGUACAAAUGGCGACUGCGAGUGUCUUCCAGAGUAUAUAGGAAAUCCUUACGAAGCCUGUCGUCCAGAAUGUGUUCUUAAUUUGGAGUGUCCUCGUGACAGGACCUGUCUCAGAAAUAAGUGCAAGGAUCCUUGUCCUGGAGCAUGUGGACAAAAUGCUGUGUGCGAUAUAGUGAACCACAUACCUAGCUGCUCUUGCCCACCUGGUUAUAUUGGAGAUCCGUUUGUCAGCUGUCGCAUUCAACCUCAUGUUCCAACGACAUCAGAUCCAUGUUCACCAUCACCCUGUGGACCAAACAGCCAGUGCCGUAACAAAGAAAACCACGCUGUUUGCUCUUGUUUACAAGGAUACCUUGGAUCUCCUCCUUCCUGUAGACCGGAGUGUGUCGUUAGCUCAGAGUGUCCACCGACUCGAGCCUGCGUGAACAAGAAGUGCACUGAUCCUUGUUUGGGCUCUUGUGGUCUGAACGCAAGAUGCGAAGUGAUCAACCAUUCGCCAAUCUGCAGUUGUCUUCCUGGGCAGACUGGAGAUCCUUUCAAGAGUUGUUACGACAUGCAAACUACACCGGAAGUCAAAGACACUGGCGAUCCUUGCAGUCCAUCGCCCUGCGGACCAAAUGCCCAGUGUCAAAACGUGAACGGCUAUCCAUCCUGCUCUUGUCUACCUACGUACAUAGGAACUCCACCAUCUUGUCGUCCAGAAUGUCUGAUCAACCCUGACUGUCCCACUGACAAAGCCUGCAUCAAUUCAAAGUGCACAGACCCCUGUCCCGGAUCCUGCGCAGAGAAUGCGAAAUGCAUUGUCGUUAAUCACGCAGUCGUCUGUUCGUGUACCGAUGGUUUCACAGGAAAUCCGUUCAUUCAAUGCGUUGAACUGGAAGAGGAAGCUAUCAAUCCAUGCGAACCCUCUCCCUGUGGUCCCAAUGCUGUCUGCCAGCAACGCGACAACGUUGGAGCUUGCAUAUGUAUCGACGACUAUCAUGGCAACCCUUACGAGGGAUGUCAACCAGAGUGUAUCCUCAGCUCUGACUGUCCAACUAAUAAGGCCUGCGUCCGCAACAAGUGCGAGGAUCCUUGUCCAGGAAUAUGUGGUGUCAGAGCCCAGUGUUCAGUCAUCAACCAUAUUCCAACUUGUACUUGUCAACCUGGUUACGUGGGAGAUCCAUUCGUCAUUUGCAAUCUGCCAGUAGUUACAAGCACAGAGCCUACUGUGAUAGACCCAUGCGUACCAUCGCCAUGCGGACCGAACAGCUUGUGUCGCGCUGUGAACGAGCAGGCUGUGUGCACUUGUCAGGAAACCUUCAUCGGCACACCUCCAAACUGCAGACCUGAAUGCGUUGUCAACUCAGAGUGUCCACAGAACAGAGCAUGCUACAAGCACAAGUGUACUGAUCCUUGUCCAGGAACCUGUGGAGUGGGAGCCAAUUGUCGUGUGAUCAAUCAUAACCCGUUGUGCAGCUGUCCACAGGGAACCACAGGAGAUCCGUUCUCUAGAUGCUUCACUCAGACAGUUACUCCAGUUCCACCUAUCGGUGAUCCAUGCACGCCAAGUCCAUGCGGCCUCUACGCAGAAUGCAGAGCAAACGAUGAUCAGGCUGCCUGUUCGUGUCUGAAAAAUUACAUAGGACUACCACCAAAUUGUCGACCAGAGUGCGUAGUCAACACAGAUUGUCCAUCGAAUGAAGCUUGCAUUUCCGAGAAGUGUCGAGAUCCUUGCGCCGGGUCCUGUGGUCAGAGUGCAGAUUGCCGAGUACAAAAUCACAUACCCGUUUGUCUCUGCCAAUCAGGAUACACCGGCGAUCCUUUCACUCUGUGUACACAGAUAAUAGAGCAACCUAAGCAACCUGAAGAUCUAUGUAAUCCAUCUCCAUGCGGACCAAACGCAGAAUGCGACGAGGGUAACUGCAAGUGUCUCCAGAAUUACUUCGGUGACCCUUACUCGUACUGUCGACCGGAGUGCACCAUGAAUUCCGACUGUUCUCGCGUGAAGGCGUGCGCCAAUCAUUACUGCGUCGAUCCUUGCAUCGGCACGUGUGGCACAGGUGCACGUUGCGACGUAGUCAAUCACAUACCAAUGUGCAGUUGUCCACCUGGCACAACCGGGGAUCCAUUUACUCUGUGUCGAACACAUCUACUCGAAGAACCCAGAAAACAACCGUGCACCCCAUCCCCUUGCGGAGCAAACAGCAUUUGCAAAGUGGUGAAGGAUCACGCGGUCUGCUCGUGUCAACCAGGACUGAUAGGCAGCCCGCCUGCCUGCAGACCAGAGUGUGUAGUCAGCGCAGAUUGUCCUCUGACUCAAGCCUGCCUCAAUAACAAGUGUCAGGACCCGUGUCCAGGCACCUGCGGCCAGAACUCUAAGUGCCAAGUGGUAAAUCACAAUCCAAUAUGCAUCUGCUACGAAGGACACACAGGAGAUCCGUUCACCAGGUGUUACCCGAUGCCCAGAGAACCACCGAAGCCCGUGAACCCUUGCCAGCCAUCGCCCUGCGGACCAAAUGCGGAGUGCCAAGUGAGAGACGCCGGUCCAGUCUGCUCGUGCGUGCAGAAUUACAUCGGUGUCCCGCCAAACUGCAGGCCGGAGUGCACGAUCAAUCCGGAGUGUCCGCCGCAUUUGGCGUGCAUGCAGCAAAAGUGUCGCGAUCCGUGUGUCGGUUUGUGCGGUUCGAACGCUCAGUGUUCGGUAGUGAACCAUCACGCGGUGUGCGCUUGUGCCGAGGGUUACACCGGGAAUCCGUUCAGCGUUUGCGAGCCGGUCGCCAAGGAUGAACGCCCAGACCUUAGGAACCCCUGCAGGCCCUCCCCGUGCGGCAUCAACGCGAUCUGCCGCGAGAACAACGGCGUCGGCCUCUGCUCCUGCCCGCCAGACUUCAUUGGCGACCCCUACGAAAGAUGCAGGCCCGAGUGCACGCAAAAUUCCGAUUGCGCCAAGACGAUGGCGUGCAUGGGCGUGAAAUGCCGCGACCCUUGCUCGGGCACCUGCGGGCUGCAGGCCCGCUGCGAAACGAUCAAUCACGUGCCUGUCUGUUCUUGUAACCCUGGAUACACUGGCAACCCUUUCACCUACUGUCCUCUAAUACAAUUUUACCCCCAUACAGUGACCCCCGUUGACCCGUGUAACCCGUCCCCCUGCGGGCCCAACAGUAAAUGUCGAAACGUGGACGACCACGCAGUAUGCACCUGCCUCCCGAAUUUCAUGGGAAACCCGCCGAACUGCCGACCCGAGUGCGUGGUGAACAACGACUGUCCCCUGGAGCUCGCGUGCGUCAACCAAAAGUGCACGACCCCGUGCGCGAACUCCUGCGGCAUCAACACUCAGUGCAGGGUGAUCAACCACAGUCCCAUUUGCACCUGCAACAACGGAUACACCGGCGACCCGUUCACCAAAUGCUUCCCUGCUCCACAGCCGUCCCCGAACGACAACGCCCUAGCCCCGAUUGACCCCUGCGUGCCCUCCCCCUGCGGCCUGUACGCGGAAUGCAGGAACAUCGGCGGCACGGCGUCUUGCUCCUGUUCACCCAGAUACAUCGGAUCCCCCCCGAACUGUCGGCCGGAGUGUCGCGUGAACUCCGACUGCUCUAUGAACCUCGCUUGCACCGGCGAGAAGUGCAGGGACCCUUGCCAAGGGUCGUGCGGCGUCACGUCCCUUUGCACGGUCUACAACCACGUCCCCGUGUGCACUUGUCCCCAAGGAUACACGGGUGACCCCUUCAACAACUGUUACCUCGCUCCCAUUGAACCACCUGAACCUGUUAUCACCGAUCCCUGCGCGUCUUCACCCUGCGGAGCCAACACACGUUGCGAUAACGGCGUGUGCACGUGUUUGCCGGAGUACCAGGGCGAUCCCUAUGUGGGCUGCCGGCCGGAGUGCGUGUUGAACACUGAUUGCCCGCAGGAUCGUGCCUGCGUGAGGAACAAGUGCGUGGAUCCUUGCCCAGGCACCUGCGGCAGGAACGCGCAGUGCCUCGUGUUCAAUCACGUGCCCAUGUGCAGCUGUCCUAACGGGAUGGAAGGGAACGCUUUCGUUCAGUGUUCCGUGACCCGAGAUCCCAUACAGAGGAACCCCUGUUCGCCGUCGCCCUGUGGUCCCAACAGCGUUUGCCGAGAGGUGAACGAGCAGGCGGUCUGCACCUGCGUAGCAGGAUUCGUGGGCUUGCCGCCUGCUUGCAGGCCUGAAUGCACCGUGAGCUCGGAUUGCCCUUUGACCGAGGCUUGCAGCAAUCAGAAGUGCAUAAACCCGUGUCCCGGCUCCUGCGGCCUUAGGGCAGUCUGUCACGUGGUUAAUCACAACCCCGUGUGCAGCUGCUCGCCGGGAUUGACCGGUGAUCCAUUCGUUCGAUGCACCCCGCAACUGAACGACGUUCCCAUUGUGAACCCCUGUGAACCUUCCCCGUGUGGUCCUAACGCCCAAUGCCGAGUCGUGAACGACGCGCCAUCUUGCUCUUGUCUACCGGAAUUCAUGGGAAUCCCUCCGAACUGCAAGCCGGAGUGCAUCAGCAACAGCGAAUGUCCUAGUCACAUGGCCUGCGUGAACCAGAAGUGUAGAGAUCCUUGUCCCGGUUCUUGCGCUGUCAACGCUGACUGUCGCGUUGUCAGCCACACGCCCAUGUGCGUGUGCCCUGAGGACUUCACCGGUGAUCCUUUCACUCAGUGCAAUCCUAAGCCACCUGUACCAGUCUUCCUGAACCCCUGCAAACCGUCCCCCUGCGGCUUCAACGCGAUCUGCAAAGAACAGAACGGCGUCGGCUCCUGUUCUUGCCUUCCUGAUUAUAUCGGAAAUCCUUACGAAGGCUGCCGACCGGAAUGCGUAAUCGACACGGAUUGCACUCCCACUUUGAGCUGCAUCCGGUCGAAGUGUCAGGACCCCUGCCCGGGCACCUGCGGCGCGAACGCCGAGUGCCAGGUCAUUAAUCAUCGACCUACGUGCACUUGCACCUCGGGCUACAGUGGAAAUCCUUUCCAAUACUGCAGCUUGAUCCGUGAUAUAGAAGACCAAACACAGUACAAGGACCCCUGCAACCCUUCACCCUGCGGACCGAACAGUCAAUGCCGCGUGGUGAAUGGCCAAGGAGUUUGCUCCUGUCUACCAGAAUACUCAGGUUCUCCUCCUAUGUGUCGUCCAGAGUGUGUCUUAAACACAGAAUGCCCACAGAACCGCGCCUGCGUGAGCCAGAAGUGUGUGGACCCCUGUCCGAACUCCUGCGGCGCGUUCGCCACUUGCGUGGUCCGGAACCACAGUCCAAUCUGCGCAUGCAGGGACUCGUACACCGGAGAUGCAUUCACUAGAUGCUUCCCCAUUCCACCACCCCAGACCCCCACAGAACUCGAAGUUUCGCAACCCUGUUUCCCAUCCCCUUGUGGUCCAUACUCAGAAUGUCGCGUGGUGAACGGUGGACCAACUUGCCAGUGCCUGGCCAAUAACAUCGGAAGCCCUCCCAACUGUAGGCCAGAAUGCACCGUGAAUUCCGACUGUCCCAGCGACAGAGCCUGCAUCAGACAACGGUGUUCAGACCCCUGUUCAGGAUCCUGCGGAGUAGGUACCCGGUGCAGCGUGUUCAACCACAUUCCCAUGUGCACUUGCGUCGAAGGGUACACCGGCGAUCCUUUCAGCAAUUGUUACCCUGCACCGACGCCUCAGACACCUCCUUCCGAAACUGACCCCUGCAACCCGUCACCGUGUGGACCGAACGCCCAGUGCAACGCUGGCGUGUGCACCUGUUUGCCAGACUAUCAGGGCGACCCUUACACUAGUUGUCGGCCAGAGUGCGUUUUGAACAACGACUGUCCCCAGUCCAGAGCCUGCGUCCGCAACAAGUGCGUGGACCCUUGUCCUGGCACCUGCGGCAGGAACGCCCUUUGCAAUGUCCUGAAUCACGUGCCCAUGUGCAGCUGCCCGACGGGAAUGUCCGGCAACGCGUUUAUAUCUUGUGAUAGAGUAGAAGAACCACCACAGACGAAUCCUUGCAAUCCAACCCCCUGCGGACCCAACAGUCAAUGUCGAGCGAUAAACGGCCAAGCCGUGUGUUCCUGUGUACCCGGAUACCUUGGUAGUCCACCGGCCUGUAGGCCGGAAUGCGUGGUCAGUUCCGAUUGUCCCAGGAAUCAAGCCUGCAACAACCAAAAGUGCAUUGACCCGUGCACCGGUAGCUGCGGGUUAAAGGCACUGUGCCAGGUUGUGAACCACAACCCAGUGUGCAGCUGUCCACCUGGCUUCACCGGGGAUCCCUUUACUAGAUGCGAAUUCACGCCCGUGAAUGUGCCAAAAGAGGACACGUGCGCGUCCUGCCAAUGCGGACCCAAUUCUAUCUACCAAACCAUCAACGACAAACCUUCCUGCGCCUGUCUGCCCGAGUUCAUCGGCUCCCCUCCGAACUGCAGGCCAGAGUGCGUGAGCAACAGCGAGUGCUCCAGCCACUUGGCCUGCGUAAACAGAAAGUGUCGGGACCCUUGUCCAGGCUCGUGCGGUUCCAACGCGGAAUGCCGCGUGGUCAGUCACACGCCGGUGUGCGGCUGUCUAGCCGGCUACACGGGCGAUCCUUUCACGCAGUGCACGUUCAAACGACCCGAGAUCGAACCCACGGUGUCCCCCUGCCAGCCGUCACCCUGUGGCCCCAAUGCGGUAUGCAAAGAGCAAAACGGAGCAGGCUCGUGCACCUGUGUUGCGGAUUACAUAGGGAACCCGUACGAAGGAUGCCGGCCGGAGUGUACGGUAAACUCUGACUGUCCCUCGAACCUGGCCUGCAUAAGGUCCAAGUGUCAGAACCCUUGCCCCGGCACGUGCGGCCAGAACGCCGACUGCGCGGUGAUCAAUCACCUGCCGAGUUGCACUUGCUGGGCUGGAUACACCGGAGACCCGUUCUCCUAUUGCCAGGUCCAGCAACUGACCACCCCCGAGCCAGCAAACCCCUGCAACCCCUCGCCCUGCGGACCCAACAGCCUCUGCCACGUGACCAACGGCCAGGCCGUGUGCGCCUGUUCGCUCGGUUACGUGGGCAGCCCGCCGGGAUGCAGACCGGAGUGCGUCGUCAGCUCGGAAUGCCCCCCGAACCGUGCUUGCAUCGGUCAGAAGUGCGACGAUCCCUGCGCAGGCCGUUGCGGCGACAACACCGACUGCAGGGUCGUCAAUCACAGUCCAGUUUGCAGUUGUAAGCUGGACUUCACUGGCGACCCCUUCACCAGGUGCUUCCCGACGCCAAAACAAUCGCCAGCUAUCGUUGUUAACCCCUGCGUACCAUCCCCCUGUGGCCCGUACUCGGAAUGCCGCGAUAUAGGAGGCUCUCCGUCCUGUUCCUGCUCGCUGAAUUACAUAGGUAGCCCGCCGAACUGUAGGCCAGAGUGCACGAUAAACCCCGACUGCCCCAGCAACAGAGCCUGCUUGAGGGAGACCUGCGCUGACCCUUGCCCCGGCUCGUGCGGCGUAGGCGCAACCUGCAACGUAAUACACCACGUUCCCACGUGCGUUUGCCCCGAAGGUUUUACCGGUGACCCGUUCACCAGUUGCCAGCCGCUGCCACCGCCAUCCAUAAACGUCCCAUCGGACCCCUGCAACCCUUCGCCUUGCGGCGCUAACGCGGAAUGCGACAACGGCGUCUGCAGUUGUCCCCCUAAUUACAUCGGAGACCCGUUCACUCGCUGUCAACCCGAGUGCGUGAUCAACGACGAUUGCCCCCAGAACAGAGCCUGCUCCCGCAACAAAUGCAUGGACCCUUGUGUCGGAACCUGCGGUCAGAACGCGGUCUGCAAUGUCUACAACCAUAUACCCAUGUGCAGCUGUCCGCCUGGAAUGUCCGGGAACGCGUUCGUUGUUUGUUCCGUCUUGCAAGGUGGAUAUUCAUUCAUCCUUGAUCUCCGUAGUAAUUUGUUGAUCUUACACGGUAAUUUAUUGCCCUUGUAGAGUCCUUGCCAAGACCCCUGCAGACCCUCCCCGUGCGGUCCGAACAGCCAAUGCCGCGUCGUGAACGGCCAGGCUGUCUGCUCUUGCGUCCAAGGAUUCCUUGGAACUCCGCCAACUUGCAGACCCGAAUGCACCGUCAGCUCCGACUGCUCGCGUAACUUAGCCUGCAGCAACCAGAAGUGCAUAGACCCUUGCUUAGGCACCUGUGGCCUGAGGACACAGUGUCAGGUCGUCAGCCACAACCCGAUUUGCUCUUGUCUUCCCAGACACUCCGGGGAUCCGUUCACUAGAUGCGAUCCCAUACUGGACACGCCACCCGAGCCAAUAAACCCGUGCCAACCUUCUCCCUGCGGGCCAAACGCGCAGUGUCGCGUGGUGAACGACUCGCCAUCUUGCUCUUGCAUGUCCGACUUCGUCGGUGCACCGCCGAACUGCCGCCCCGAGUGCGUCAGCAACAGCGAGUGCUCCGCGAGUCUAGCGUGCGUGAACCAAAAGUGCAGGGACCCGUGUCCAGGCGCUUGCGGUUCGAACACGGAAUGCCGGGUCGUCAGCCACACGCCCAUGUGCGUUUGCAUGAGCGGCUACACCGGGGAUCCCUUCACUCAGUGCAUCAUGCAACAACCAAUGCUUUUCGAGAACGUGUCACCCUGUACGCCGUCCCCUUGCGGAGCAAACGCGGUUUGCAAGGAGCAGAACGGCGCAGGUUCGUGCACCUGCGUGCAGGACUACAUAGGAAACCCGUACGAAGGUUGCCGACCGGAAUGCACAUUGAACACCGACUGCGUCUCGAACAUGGCUUGCGUUCGCUCCAAGUGUCAGGACCCUUGCCCCGGCACCUGCGGCCAGAACGCCGUUUGCCAAGUGAUCAAUCACUCGCCGGCGUGCUCCUGCAUGAACGGAUUCACCGGUGACCCUUUCAGGUUUUGCAGUCCAGUCGUACUACCCGAACCGAGGCCAGUAAAUCCGUGCAACCCGUCCCGUUGCGGCCCGAACAGUCAAUGUAACGUUGUCAACGACCAAGCCGUGUGCGCCUGUUUGCCUGAGUACAUCGGAACCCCGCCUGGAUGUCGCCCUGAAUGCGUGAUGAGCUCGGAGUGCCCGUCGAACAGAGCCUGUAUCAACAACAAGUGUGUCAAUCCUUGCCCGCAGCCUUGCGGGUCGAAUUCCAACUGCAGGGUACUGAACCACAGCCCUGUCUGCACUUGUAGGGAAAGUUACACGGGAGAUCCUUUCACUAGAUGCUUCCCCAUGCCAAGACCCCCGCCUGGCCCAGUUGUAGAGAACCCAUGCGUCCCAUCGCCGUGUGGACCUUACGCGGAGUGCCGCCAAAUCGGUGGAGCACCAUCUUGCUCUUGCCUGGCCUCUUAUAUCGGCAGUCCUCCGAACUGUAGGCCCGAGUGCACGAUUAAUUCCGAUUGUCCUAGCAGUCAGGCUUGCAUAAACGAGAGGUGUAGGGACCCUUGUCCAGGUUCUUGCGGAGCCUCGGCUACCUGCAACGUCGUCAACCAUACGCCAUCUUGCGUUUGCCCCGAUGGUUUCACAGGAGAUCCCUUUACAAAUUGUUAUCCAAAACCGAUUGAGGAGCCAGUAGUGCCCGCUAACCCUUGCAACCCUUCGCCUUGCGGCGCGAACACUUUGUGCUCCGAUGGCAGGUGCUCUUGUCUACCGGAGUACCAAGGAGAUCCUUACGCGGGUUGUCGGCCGGAAUGCGUCCUCAAUAACGAUUGCCCCACCAAUCUCGCCUGCAUUCGUAACAAGUGCGUGGACCCUUGUCCGGGGACCUGCGGCGAGAACGCGCAGUGCAACGUGUACAACCACAUCCCCAUGUGCAGUUGUCUGCCUGGGAUGACCGGGAACGCUUUCGUUUCCUGUCGUCCGAGCAGAGGACCCGAGGACCCCUGCAACCCGUCCCCCUGCGGACCCAACAGCGUCUGUCGCGUGGUGAACGAGCAGGCCGUUUGUUCUUGCGUGACCAGCUUCAUCGGAUCGCCUCCCUCCUGCAGACCCGAGUGCACCGUCAGCUCGGACUGCCCGAAGAAUCAGGCCUGUAGCAAUCAGAGAUGCAUCAAUCCUUGCGCUGGCACUUGCGGAGUCAGGGCGCAAUGCCAAGUGACCAAUCACAAUCCUGUGUGCAGCUGCCCGGCCGGUUUCACCGGCGAUCCUUUCGUCAGAUGCGAACCUAAACUGGAAGAGCCUACGGUCCCUGUCAAUCCCUGCUACCCGUCACCGUGCGGACCCAACGCGGUCUGCCAAGUGAACAACGACUCGCCCUCUUGCUCCUGCAUUCCUGAAUUCAUCGGAACGCCGCCGAACUGUCGGCCAGAGUGCAUUAGUAACAGCGAGUGCGCCAGCCACUUGGCUUGCGUGAGGAAUAAGUGUACCGAUCCUUGUCCCGGUUCCUGCGGGGCCAACGCUGAAUGCAGAGUCGUGAGCCACACCGCGAUUUGCGUGUGUCUCGCGGGCUUUGUCGGAGACCCUUUCACACAGUGUUUGGAAAGACGACCUGAAAUUGAAUCUUCCUUUGCUUCUCCUUGCUCGCCGUCGCCCUGCGGCUCGAACGCAGUCUGCAAGGAGCAGAGCGGAGUAGGUUCCUGCACCUGUUUGCCUGAUUACAUUGGCAAUCCCUAUGAAGGCUGUCGCCCAGAAUGCGUUAUAAACUCUGAUUGCGUGUCGACUCGCGCCUGCAUUCGCUCCAAGUGCCAGGACCCGUGCCCGGGCGCUUGUGGCAGCAAUGCUGAGUGUCAGGUCGUCAAUCACUUGCCAACCUGCACUUGUUUCCCUAGUUACACCGGGCAGCCCUACCAGUCUUGUCAACCGAUUGUGAAAGAUAUUGAGAGGAGAAACCCAUGCUCCCCAACACCUUGCGGACCAAACAGCAACUGCCAGGUCGUUAACGAGCAGGCAGUCUGCUCCUGUUUGCCAAAUUUCAGCGGCUACCCGCCUGGUUGUCGACCAGAGUGUGUGGUCAGCUCGGAGUGUCCUGCUAGUUUAGCAUGUAUCAAUCAGAAGUGCGCGAACCCGUGUCCCGGCCCGUGCGGCCUCGACGCGGAGUGCAACGUAAUCCAUCACAGUCCUAUCUGUGCCUGCAGAACCAAGUACACCGGUGAUCCAUUUACUCGUUGCUUCCCGAUGCCAGAACUCUCUCCAGCAGUGAUUCCCUCGAAUCCCUGCGUGCCCUCGCCCUGCGGUCUAAACGCAGAGUGUCGCGACAUCAACGGCAUACCUUCCUGCUCCUGUCUACCAACUUUCAUCGGCAGUCCCCCCAACUGUCGACCAGAGUGCACAGUGAACUCCGAGUGCUCCCCGAGUCAAGCUUGCAUCAGGGAAAAAUGCAGAGACCCCUGUCCAGGUUCCUGCGGCGCGUUCGCCCAGUGCAGCGUCUUGAACCACGUGCCUGUCUGCAGCUGCAUGGAGGGUUACACCGGUGACCCGUUCACCAGCUGCACCCUGAGACCCCCCGAACAACCACCAGUUCCCGACGAUCCGUGCAACCCAUCGCCAUGCGGAUCAAACGCGGAGUGCAACAACGGCGUCUGCACCUGUCUCCCAGAAUUCCGAGGCGAUCCUUACGCAGGAUGUCGACCCGAGUGCGUCCUUAACUCGGACUGUCCACUCAAUCGGGCCUGCGUUCGCAACAAGUGCGCCGACCCCUGCAUCGGCACGUGCGGGCAGAACGCAGUUUGCAACGUGUUCAAUCACGUGCCCAUGUGCAGUUGCCCCGAACGGAUGAGCGGGAACGCUUUCGUGCUAUGUACCCAAGUUCAAGAAGUGACCCCGGUGACACCGUGCAACCCGUCCCCUUGCGGUCAGAACAGUCUCUGCCGCGCCGUGAACGGACAGGCGGUCUGCACGUGUCUCCAAGGAUACGUGGGCAGCCCACCGUCCUGCAGGCCGGAAUGCGUGGUCAGCUCAGACUGCCCCAGAACCGAGGCGUGCAACAACCUGAAGUGCGUGAACCCUUGCGUGGGGAGCUGCGGCAUCCGCGCGCAGUGUCAGGUCUCCAAUCACAAUCCUAUAUGCAGCUGUCCUCGAGGAACGUCAGGAGAUCCCUUCGUGAAGUGCGACCCGAUCAUGGAGACAGCGCCUGAAGUCAUAAACGUCUGCAAACCGUCACCCUGCGGCCCGAACGCUCUCUGCCAGGUAGUAAACGACUCCCCGUCCUGCACCUGUAUGCCUGGAUUCGUGAGUUCCCCGCCGAACUGUCGGCCGGAGUGCGUCAGCAACAGCGAGUGCGCCGGUCAUCUCGCUUGCAUGAACCAAAAGUGCAGGGAUCCUUGUCCCGGCUCCUGCGGAGCGAACGCCGAGUGUCGCGUGGUCAGCCACACCCCCAUGUGCGUCUGCUCCGGCGGAUACACGGGUGACCCGUUCACGCAAUGCGUCCAAUUCGACAAUCGACCACCCACCCCUUGCUCGCCGUCCCCGUGCGGUUCGAACACCGUUUGCAAAGAGCAGGACGGCGUCGGCUCUUGUUCCUGUCUGUCGGACUACAUCGGUAACCCCUACGAAGGAUGUCGCCCCGAGUGCACGGUUAGCACAGACUGCCCCUCGAACCUCGCUUGCGUUAGAAAUAAGUGCCAGGACCCCUGUCCCGGCACCUGCGGACAGAACACUGUCUGCCAAGUCAUCAACCACUCGCCCACUUGCUCCUGCAACUCUGGUUACACCGGAGAUCCGUUCAGAUACUGCCAAGUUGUUAGAGAACCUGACGUAGUCAGAGAUCCAACGGAUCUUUGCGUUCCAUCCCCCUGCGGACCAAACAGUCAAUGUCGUGCGGUUUCCGGUAACGCUGUAUGUUCCUGCCUCCCCGAGUACACCGGAAGUCCUCCCUCCUGCCGCCCCGAGUGCGUCGUAAGCUCGGAGUGUCCCUCGAACCGAGCCUGUGUGAACCAGAAAUGCGUAAACCCCUGUCCCCGUCCGUGCGGGCAGAACACAAAUUGUCUAGUCGUGAACCACAGUCCCAUUUGUACCUGCAAAGACGGAAACACUGGCAAUCCGUUCACCAGGUGUUUCCCUCUUCCACCACCGUCAACGUUACCAGAUCUACCUCAGAACCCCUGCGUACCCUCCCCCUGUGGUCCCUACUCCGAGUGUCGGAACAUUGGUGGCGCCCCGUCUUGUUCCUGUUUAGCUAAUUACUUCGGCAGCCCACCGAACUGUCGGCCAGAGUGUACAGUAAACACUGACUGUCCCAGCGACAGAGCUUGCAUACGACAGAGAUGCACUGACCCUUGCCCUGGCUCUUGUGGAGUGGCAACAAGGUGCACAGUUUUCAAUCACGUGCCAAUCUGUACCUGUAUAGAAGAUUUCACCGGCGACCCCUUCAGCAGUUGUUCCCCUGCUCCACCUGAAGUGCUAGUAGCUGAGGACCCAUGCAAUCCAUCGCCCUGUGGUUCUAAUGCGCAAUGCAAUGAUGGUGUCUGCACGUGUCUGUCAGAAUAUCAAGGCAAUCCCUAUGUCGGUUGUCGCCCGGAAUGCGUUCUGAAUACCGAUUGUCCCUUGAACAGGGCUUGUCUGCGCAACAAGUGUGUAGACCCCUGUGUUGGCACUUGCGGUCAAAAUGGAGUUUGCAAUGUGUACAACCACGUGCCCAUGUGCAGUUGUCCUGUCGGAAUGACCGGAAACGCGUUCAUAUCUUGCAGUCCAUUUAGAGACCCAGUUGUUAGUAAUCCCUGCAACCCAACACCUUGCGGACCGAACAGUCAGUGCAGAGAAGUUAAUAACCAAGCAGUGUGCACUUGCAUCCCUGGUUUUGUGGGUAUACCACCUACCUGCAGGCCAGAGUGUAUAGUAAGCACUGACUGUGGGCCAACGGAAGCAUGUAUCAAUCAGAAAUGCAGUAAUCCGUGCGUUGGAACUUGUGGGAUAAGAGCAACUUGCCAAGUGGUAAACCACAAUCCACUUUGCAGCUGUCUCGAGGGAUUAACCGGCGAUCCGUUUGUCAGAUGUCUUGAGAAACCACUGGAAGAACCACCUCGAGAGAACCCUUGUGUGCCAUCACCGUGUGGUCCAAACGCACAGUGUCAAGUUGUCAAUGAUUCCCCAUCUUGUUCUUGUCUAUCAGAAUUCAUUGGUUCACCGCCCAAUUGUAGACCCGAAUGCGUAAGCAAUAAUGAGUGUGCAAAUAACAUGGCGUGUAUCAAUCAGAAAUGCAGAGAUCCUUGCCCGGGAUCUUGUGGAACGAACGCGGUGUGUCGUGUGGUGUCUCACACGCCUAUCUGCAGCUGCUCCCCUGGAUACAGCGGAGAUCCGUUCACUCAGUGUGUCGUGGAAAAACUCAUCCCAAUGUACGUACCGAAACCUUGUGUACCAUCUCCCUGCGGAGCGAACGCUCUGUGCAGAGACAGAAACGGUGUAGGAUCAUGCUCCUGCUUGUCAGGGUACAUUGGAAACCCAUACGAAGGUUGUCGACCAGAGUGUGUCCUUAAUUCAGACUGUGUCCCAAGCAAAAGCUGCGUCAGCUUCAAGUGCGAGGACCCUUGUCCUGGCACCUGCGGCCAGAACGCUGUUUGCCAGGUUAUCAAUCAUAUGGCAACUUGUAGUUGCUUGCCCAGGUUCACUGGAGAUCCAUUCAGAUUCUGUCGCGAAGAAGAGAUUGUCACUGUACCAAGUGUAAAGAACCCGUGUCAGCCGUCACCCUGCGGACCUAACAGUGUUUGUAGAGAGAACAACGGGCAAGCAGUUUGCUCGUGUCUACCUGAAUACCUUGGCUCUCCACCUGGAUGUAGACCAGAAUGUGUAGCGAGCGCUGAAUGCGCUUCGAACCGCGUCUGUGUGAAUCAAAAGUGCAUUGACCCUUGCCCAGAUCCCUGCGGAAGGAACACCGUUUGCAGAAUCAUUAAUCACAGUCCAAUAUGCUCCUGUCAGGAAGGAUUCACUGGCGAUGCCUUUUCUGUUUGCUUCCCCACUCCACGUCCACCAUCGGAAUUACCAAAACCUGCUCAACAAGAUCCAUGUCUGCCAUCCCCUUGCGGCCCAUACUCCCAAUGCAGAGACAUUGGAGGAAAUCCGUCUUGCUCCUGUUUGUCUUCUUACAUUGGUAUCCCACCAAACUGUAGACCAGAGUGUACAAUCAACGCUGAGUGCUCUAGCGCUUUAGCGUGCAUCAGGGAAAAGUGUAUGGACCCUUGUCCAGGAUCUUGUGGUUUUGGAGCUAGGUGCACCGUUAUGAACCAUGUUCCAGUUUGUUCUUGCCCCGAAGGAUACACUGGAGAUCCUUUCAGCAGCUGUAUAUUGAAGCCUAGCAUUUCUGAGGAACCAGUCUCAGACCCCUGCAAUCCAUCGCCAUGCGGUCCAAAUGCGCUCUGUCGCGACGGUUCUUGCUCGUGUCUCCCAGAAUAUCAAGGGGAUCCGUACUCCGGUUGUCGUCCCGAGUGUGUAAUGAAUAAUGACUGUCCCCGAGACAGAGCAUGCAUGAGAAACAAGUGCGUGGAUCCGUGCAUAGGAACCUGCGGUCAAAGUGCACAGUGCCAGACCAUAAAUCACAUACCAAUGUGCAGUUGUCCUGUGGGAAUGUCAGGGAACGCUUUCAUCUCUUGUUCUCCAGUAGAGGAGCCCCUAGCCUUGAAACCUUGCUCGCCAUCGCCUUGCGGACCGAACAGUCAUUGCCAAGAAGUCAACGGAGUCGCGGUUUGCAAAUGCAUAGAAGGUUUCGUCGGAAAUCCGCCAACUUGUAGGCCGGAAUGCGUUGUCAGCUCGGAUUGCGAGUUGACGAGAGCCUGCAUCAACCAAAAAUGCACAGACCCUUGUCCUGGAUCCUGCGCUUUAAGAGCGGAGUGUUCAGUAGUGAAUCACAACCCUAUCUGCAGAUGUCCGCCGAGCAUGAGCGGUGAUCCGUUCACCAGCUGCGUGCCCAUAGUUGAACAACCUCCGACACCUGUCAACCCUUGCUACCCGUCACCUUGCGGUCCAAACGCUCAAUGCCAAGUCGUGAACCAAGCGCCAGCGUGUACAUGUCUACCAGAAUUCUCGGGGUCUCCGCCGAACUGUAGGCCUGAGUGCGUUACCAACAGCGAAUGUCCUAUUCGUCAGGCGUGUAUCAAUCAGAAAUGCAAGGACCCGUGUCCCGGUUUGUGCGGUGCCAACGCUGACUGCAGCGUGUUCAGUCACACUCCUAUUUGCUCUUGCCGAUCAGAAUUCACCGGCGAUCCCUUUGUGCAGUGUACGCCAGUCCCAAUUGAAGAAGAAAGACCCGCCCCGUGUGUUCCAUCGCCAUGUGGCGCUAACGCGGUGUGCAGGGAAUCAGGGAACGCAGGCACUUGCUCUUGCCUGCCUGACUACGUUGGAAACCCGUACGAAGGCUGUAGACCUGAGUGCGUUGUGAAUUCUGACUGUCCCGAGAAUCUUGCUUGCGUGAGAUCUAAGUGCCGGGAUCCUUGUCCGGGUGCUUGUGGCCAGAACGCCAUUUGCAACGCGGUGAACCACGUUCCCAUGUGCACGUGUGUUCAGGGAUACUCUGGAGAUCCGUUUAGAUACUGUAAUUUGAGUCCAGUGAACCAAGAUACACAAGUAGUUGAUCCGUGCAAUCCAUCACCCUGCGGCCCCAACAGCCAAUGUCGUGUGAACAAGAAUCAAGCAGUGUGCACUUGUCUCUCAGAGUACGUUGGAAGCCCACCAAACUGCAGACCCGAGUGCGUGGUCAGCACGGAGUGUCCUUUGACUCGUGCUUGUGUGAACCAAAAGUGUACGGACCCUUGUCCAAACUCAUGCGGCGUGAACGCCAACUGCAGGAUCAUCAAUCACAGUCCAAUUUGCUUCUGUAAUAAUGGAUUCACUGGAGAUCCGUUCACUGCCUGCUUCCGAGCUCCUGAGCCAUCACCACCGGUGCAAAGAGACCCAUGCCUGGCGUCCCCCUGUGGUCCAAACGCCAUUUGCCAAAACGUGGGACAAACCCCAGCCUGCACCUGUUCGCCAGAGUAUCGUGGCAGCCCGCCGAAUUGCAGACCAGAGUGUACAAUCAAUUCCGAGUGUCCCAGUAAUCAAGCCUGUAUCCGUGAAAAAUGUAGAGACCCUUGCCCAGGCUCUUGCGGUUUGAACGCUCAGUGUUCGGUGUUCAAUCACGUACCCGUUUGCUCUUGUAUCGAAGGAUACACUGGAGAUCCUUUCAGUCGUUGCGAUCAGAAGAUUCCAUCCAUUGAGCCAACGGAAGUAGACCUUUGCAACCCAUCUCCUUGCGGUCCGAACGCUCAAUGCGACAAUGGCAUUUGUUCCUGCUUGCCUGAGUUCUAUGGAGACUCAACUGUCGGUUGUCGGCCAGAGUGUGUAUUGAACAAUGACUGUCCUCGAGACAGAGCUUGCGUCAGGAACAAGUGCGAAGAUCCUUGUUUGGGCACUUGCGCGAGCAACGCAUUGUGCACGGUGGUGAACCACAUACCAAUGUGUAGUUGUCCAGCAGGUUUUGAAGGAAAUGCUUUCGCUUACUGUCGCCCUGCCAUAGCCGAUGUUCCGUCCUCUCCGUGCACUCCAUCGCCCUGUGGACCGAACAGUCAGUGUCGAGCUAAUAACGGGCAGGCAAUCUGUAGUUGUGUGCCGGGUUACCUAGGAAAUCCACCGAAUUGUCGUCCUGAGUGUAUCGUGAGCUCUGAUUGUCCUCCGAAUGAGAUCUGUACUAAUCAGAAGUGUAGGAAUCCUUGUAUUGGUACCUGUGGGUUGGGAGCUCGUUGUACAGUAGCCAAUCGUAACCCUAUAUGCCACUGUCCUGAAGGAUUCACGGGUGAUCCUUUCAUUCGAUGCAUACCACUCCCGCCCCAGCCGCCAGAACCGAUAAACGUUUGCCAACCGUCGCCUUGUGGACCAAACGCUCAAUGCCAAAUCUCAGGAAGUUCUCCUUCUUGCACUUGCAUAUCCGGCUUUAUCGGCGCUCCUCCAAAUUGCAGACCCGAAUGUAUUAGUAACAGCGAAUGCCCGAGCAAUCAAGCCUGCGUCAAUCAAAAGUGCAGAGAUCCUUGCAUUGGUUCUUGCGGUACCAACGCGCAAUGUCGCACUGUCAGUCACACUCCUAUGUGCUACUGCGAAGUGGACUUCACCGGCGAUCCAUUCAUACAAUGCUCUAUCAGACCCAUCGAAGACCAACAAGUGAAUCCAUGUUUGCCCUCACCUUGUGGACCUAAUGCACAAUGCACCGAAAGGAAUGACGUGGGUGCUUGUACAUGUCUCUCGGAUUACACAGGAAACCCUUAUGAAGGAUGCAGGCCAGAAUGUGUGUUAGAUUCAGAUUGCUCGCCUACUCGAGCUUGUAUCAAUUCAAAAUGUGUCGACCCCUGUCCAGGAGUCUGUGGUACCAAUGCAGAAUGCAAUGUUAUUAAUCACAGAGCUUCUUGUGCUUGCUACCCAAGCUACACUGGUGAUCCCUAUCGGUAUUGCACUGUUCAACCAGCUGUUCCGGAUGUUAUCACAAAAGACCCAUGCGGUGCAUCCCAAUGCGGACCGAACAGUCAAUGUAGAGCAAUUAAUCAAGUAGCAGUUUGUUCCUGCCUCCCAACGUACAUUGGUACACCUCCAGGAUGUAGACCAGAAUGCGUCACCAGUUCAGAAUGUCCUUCCGACAAAGCCUGUGUAAAUCAGAAAUGUGUAAACCCGUGUCCUGCCUCUUGCGGACAGAACACAGACUGUAGAGUCAUCAAUCAUGCGCCACUUUGUAGUUGUAUGAAUGGAUACACAGGUGAUCCGUUCACUGUUUGUUUCUCAGUUCCAUUGAUAGCACCAGUCGAAUACGACCGUUUCCCCAAAGACCCAUGCAUCCCAUCACCGUGUGGUGCUUAUUCGGAAUGUCGGAACAUUGGCGGAGUUCCCUCUUGCUCUUGUUUGGCAACUUACGUCGGAAGUCCACCAAACUGUCGACCCGAGUGCACAAUUAAUGCAGACUGUCCUGCAAACCAAGCCUGCACGCAACAAAGGUGCAGAGACCCGUGCCCUGGUUCUUGCGGUUUCCGUGCCGAAUGCAGUGUAGUCAAUCAUGUACCAAUAUGUUCCUGUCAACCUGGUUACACCGGGGACCCUUUCAGCAGCUGUGCCCUUGCAUUAGAUCGUCCCAUCGAAACGGAUCCAUGUGCGUCUUGCGGUUCCAAUACUCAGUGCAGUAACAAAGUGUGCACUUGUUUACCAGAGUAUUCUGGUGACCCAUACAUUGGUUGUAGACCAGAGUGUGUCUUGAGUAACGAAUGUCCAGCGACGAGAGCGUGUGUUCGAAACAAAUGCGUCGACCCAUGCGACGGUAUCUGCGGACAGAAUGCAAUAUGCAACGUUUUCAAUCACAUUCCUAUGUGCAGUUGCCCGUCAGGAAUGUCAGGAAAUGCAUUUGUACUUUGCUCCCCUGCCCCAGUAACUAUGAUCAGUGAUCCCUGCAACCCAUCUCCGUGUGGUCCCAACAGUCAAUGCAGACAGAACAACAAUCAAGCAGUAUGUUCUUGUGUAACCGGAUAUAUUGGUACUCCCCCAACUUGUAGGCCAGAGUGUGUGGUCAGUUCAGACUGUCCAUUGAACGAAGCUUGUACCAACCAGAAAUGUCGGAACCCUUGUAUAGGAACUUGCGGGCUUAACACUGAAUGCAAUGUCAUUAAUCACAAUCCGAUAUGCGUCUGUCGUGAACAGAUGACCGGUGAUCCUUUCGUUCAGUGUUACCCAAUGCCUACGAAACCAGUGGCCCCAGUGAAUCCUUGUCAACCGUCCCCCUGUGGUCCAAACGCAGACUGCCAAGUGAUAAACGAUCAGCCAUCCUGCUCAUGUUUGAGAGAAUACAUUGGAUCGCCCCCUAACUGUCGCCCCGAGUGUGUCAGCAACAGCGAAUGUCCCAAUCAAUUCGCCUGCAUCAAUCAGAGAUGUCAAGAUCCUUGCGUGAAUUCAUGUGGAGUCAAUUCGGUUUGCAACGUUGUUAGUCACACACCCAUGUGUGCCUGCACGAGUGGUUACACCGGGGAUCCCUUUACACAGUGUUCACCUCAGCAAUUUGAUGUCCAAGUCCCGAGACCAGAUCUUUGUACCCCAUCACCUUGCGGAGCGAACGCAAUUUGUCAGAUGCAACAAAACGUAGCUUCCUGCUCUUGCCAAAACGACUACAUAGGCAACCCGUACGAAGGAUGUAGACCUGAGUGUACGCUCAGCUCAGAUUGUCCAUCCAAUCAAGCCUGCAUCCGGUCCAAGUGCAAAGAUCCUUGCCCUGGAACUUGUGGACAAAACGCACAAUGUUAUGUAGUUAAUCAUGCAGCUACCUGCAGUUGCUUGGAACGGUACACGGGAGAUCCUUUCGUGUACUGCAAUCCUUUAAGAGAACCACUACCUGGCCCUACUCUCACCAACCCUUGUGAACCAUCGCCUUGCGGGCCAUACAGUCAGUGCAGAGAAUCGAAUGGUCAAGCUACAUGUUCCUGUCUGCCAACUUAUACAGGAACACCACCUAAUUGCAAACCAGAGUGCACAGUCAGCUCUGAUUGUCCACUGAAUCUCGCGUGCAGAAAUAACAAAUGCAUUGACCCGUGCCCUGGUUCUUGUGGUCAACAAAGUACUUGUAGAGUUGUAAAUCAUAGUCCUAUCUGCUCUUGCAAACCAGGUUUCACCGGUGACCCCUUUACUCGAUGCUUCUUCAAUCCAUCUCCUCCCGUUAUGGAUACUCCAGACGAUCCCUGUGUUAACUCACCCUGCGGACCUAACUCUCAAUGCCGAAACAUAAAUGGAUCUCCUUCGUGCUCGUGUUUAAUUAAUUACAUCGGUGCCCCGCCAAACUGUCGCCCAGAGUGUGUAAUCAACGCCGAUUGCCCGAGAGAUCAAGCGUGUAUCCGCGAGAAGUGCCAAGAUCCUUGUUUAGGAUCUUGUGGUCUGAACAGUAAUUGUGCGGUUCACAAUCAUGUUCCCAUCUGCACUUGCUUGGAGGGUUAUACUGGUGAUCCGUUCAGUAGUUGCCAACCGAAACCAAUAACAGAAGAACCUGUAACAGACCCAUGCGCCAGCUCCCCUUGUGGGCCAAAUACUCAGUGCAACAAUGGUGUCUGUACUUGCCUGCCCGAGUACUCUGGUAACCCUUACGUUGGUUGUCGACCCGAAUGCGUACUGAAUGCAGACUGUCAAACGGACAGAGCUUGCAUACAGAACAAGUGUAUCGACCCAUGUCCUGGAGCUUGCGGUCAAAAUGCUAAUUGUAGAGCGAUCAACCAUAUACCCAUGUGUAGUUGUCCUCCUGGUACUGUAGGAAAUGCGUUGAUCUUAUGCUCACCCGUGCAAGUUCCUUCAACGACUAGACCAUGCAAUCCAUCCCCAUGCGGUCCAAAUAGCAUCUGCAGAGAAGUAAACGAUCAAGCUGUAUGCACUUGUGCAGCUGACUACCAAGGAACUCCGCCUCUGUGCAGGCCGGAAUGUGUAGUUAGUUCAGAUUGUCAAAAGAACAAAGCUUGCGUGAAUCAGAAAUGCAGAGAUCCUUGUAUCGGCACUUGCGGUAUUCUAGCCAGAUGCUUGGUGGUCAAUCACAAUCCUAUUUGCUCCUGUCCAGAACGAUACACUGGAGAUCCAUUCAUCAGAUGUGAUAUGAUCAAGGUAAUAGUGCCCACAAACCCUUGCCAACCGUCACCCUGUGGACCAUACUCUCAAUGCCAAGUAACCAAUGACUCCCCAUCGUGUACAUGUUUACCCGAAUACAAAGGAAUUGCGCCUAACUGCAAACCCGAGUGCAUAGCCAACUCCGAGUGCCCCAGCCACCAAACCUGCGUGCAACAGAAGUGCAAAGACCCUUGCCCAGGUCUCUGUGGAGAGAGCGCAGAGUGUCAUGUAGUCUAUCACGUGCCCCAUUGCGUUUGCCCCAGCGGCCUUACCGGCGACCCCUAUACACGUUGCUCGAUAAUAAUGCGUGUUCCGGAACCCUCACCCUGUACGGAAGCCACUUGUGGCACGAACGCGCUGUGCAGAGAACGAGACGGUGCCGGAAUUUGUUAUUGCCCUCCUGAAUACAUCGGCAACCCCUACGUAGGCUGUAGACCCGAAUGCGUCAUUAAUCCUGACUGCCCGUCGAACAAAAUGUGUGUACGAAAUAAGUGUCAAGAUCCUUGUCCUGGAACCUGUGGCCAAAAUGCUGAAUGCGCUGUGGUUAACCAUCAGCCAUUCUGCACUUGUCGGCCAGGGUUCACAGGUGAUCCAUUUGUUGUGUGCACCAUGGACACGGUACCUAUGGUAGUAAACCUCUGUAGUCCAUCACCGUGUGGACCAAACAGUCAGUGCAAAGAAGUUUCCGGUCAAGCUGUAUGCUCUUGCCUGGCAACCUACGUUGGUACUCCACCUGGAUGUAGACCCGAAUGUGUCUCUAGUUCUGAAUGCCCCACCCAGCUUGCAUGCCAGGAUUAUAAAUGCGUGAACCCGUGCCCCAGUCCUUGCGGAUUGAACACUAAGUGCAUCGUGGUUAAUCACAGUCCCAUCUGUAGUUGCAUGCCUGGAUACAGUGGAGAUCCUUUCACUACCUGUGCACCGGUUCAACCUGUUGCAAUCCCCGGCCCAAUGGAGACAGACGCGUGCGUACCCUCUCCGUGCGGUAAUUUCGCCCAGUGUAGAAAUAUUCGCGGAUCACCCGCGUGCACCUGUUUAGAGGGUUACAUUGGACAGCCACCCAACUGCAGACCUGAAUGUACAAUCAACUCUGAGUGUCAGAGUCACGUGGCGUGUAUAAACAUGAAGUGCAGAGACCCGUGUCCCGGCUCUUGUGGUUCCGGUGCUGUGUGCGCAGUUGUGAACCACAUUCCUGUGUGUAACUGCCCUGAAGGUUUCACUGGCAAUCCAUUUACCGUUUGCCAGUUGGUACCAGCUACAUCUCCACCGAGACCAGAAAAAGAUGAAUGUAGCCCGUCACCCUGCGGUCCCAAUGCAGAAUGCUUAAGAGGCGUUUGUACAUGUUUACCAGAAUUCCAAGGAAAUCCCUAUCUAGGAUGCAGACCAGAAUGUGUUCUAAACACAGACUGCCCCAGAGACAGAGCUUGUCUGCGUAAUAAGUGUAUGGACCCUUGUCAGGGCACUUGUGGCUUCAACGCCAUUUGUACAGUUAUCAAUCACGUUCCUAUGUGCAGCUGCCCUGGUAAUAUGACUGGCAAUGCAUUCAGUCAAUGCAACGCUUUGCAAGAUAUGAUACCUAUAAACCCAUGUAGCCCAACACCCUGUGGCCCGAACAGCGAAUGUCGCGUUGUUAACGGACAAGCGGUUUGCUCGUGCAUCAGGGGGUAUUUGGGAAGUCCACCCACAUGUAGGCCGGAAUGCAUAGUCAGCACAGAUUGCCCGCAGAACGAAGCUUGUAGCAAUCAAAAAUGUUUGAAUCCGUGCCUUGGAACUUGCGGCAUCGGCGCCGAGUGUAACAUUGUCAACCAUAAUCCUAUAUGCAAUUGUCCAUUACGUUAUACCGGAGAUCCAUUUGUCCAAUGCGUACCAUUCUUCGAGGAACCAGUAGUAGAUCCCUGUCAGCCAUCACCUUGCGGCCCCAACUCUCAGUGUCAAGUGAUUAAUAACUCGCCAUCGUGUUCGUGUACCUCAGGAUUCUCAGGAAGCCCACCCAAUUGCAGGCCGGAGUGCGUCAGUAACAGCGAAUGUCCAAGUCUGUUGGCUUGUAUCAAUCAGAAGUGUCAAGAUCCUUGCGUAGGAUCAUGCGGUGCCAGUGCUAAUUGUUAUGUUGUUAGUCACACCCCUAUGUGUACCUGUCUGAACGGAUACACUGGGGAUCCAUUCACCCAGUGUGUCUUUAAAGAACCUGUGAGCGUCCCUACACCCGGUGAUCCAUGCAAUCCAUCCCCUUGUGGGUCGAAUGCUGUAUGCAAAGAAUUGAAUGGUGCAGGCUCGUGUACCUGUAUUCAAAAUUACAUUGGUAACCCGUAUGAAGGAUGUCGACCCGAGUGUCUUUUGAACUCUGAUUGUCCCUCGAACCAAGCAUGCAUGAACAAUAGAUGCAGAGAUCCCUGCCCAGGAACUUGUGGCCGCAAUGCUGAGUGCCAUAUUAUCAAUCAUUUACCUGUUUGCGAGUGUUUCCCCAGACACACUGGCAACGCUUUUGUCCUCUGUACACCAGUUCAACCAGAAGUUGACCAGACAAUCAGUAGACCCUGUAACCCUUCACCCUGUGGACCCAACAGUCAGUGUAAGCCCAUCAAUGGACAAUCAGUUUGUUCAUGUUUACCUGAAUUCAUGGGUAGUCCACCUGCAUGCAGACCAGAAUGUACGAUUAGCACAGAAUGUUCCUCCAAGUUGGCUUGUAUCAAUCAAAAGUGUAGCGAUCCCUGUCCUGGAUCUUGUGGCUCGAAUACUAGGUGUGAAAUAAUUAACCACAAUGCUAUAUGCGCUUGUCAGCCAGGAUUCACUGGCGAUCCCCUCGUAGCCUGCUUCGAGAUGCCGAAAAAAUCACCAACCGUCCCGUCGUACGUGAACCCCUGUGUACCUUCGCCAUGUGGACCUUUCUCUGAAUGUCGAGACAUAAAUGGUCAGGCAUCCUGUGCUUGUCAAGCAGACUAUAUGGGAACACCGCCAAAUUGUAGACCAGAAUGUAUUCGAAAUUCAGAGUGUCCUCGUGAUCAAGCUUGCAUUCAAAAGAAGUGUCGGUAUCCGUGCGAAGGAGUUUGUGGUGUAGGGGCUGAAUGUUCAGUGUUCAAUCAUACACCUAUUUGUACUUGCCCUGAAGGAUACACUGGUGACUCUUUCGUGAGAUGUUCCCCUGCUAUAGUGGCUGUGGACCAACCUAAGGAUUCAUGUGCCAAUUGCGGUACGAACACACAAUGUCAGGAGGGUGUCUGUACUUGUUUACCUGAGUAUCAAGGAGAUCCAUUUUUGGGUUGUCGCCCAGAAUGUGUACUGAACUCAGAUUGUCCAAGAGACAGAGCUUGUAUUAGGAACAAAUGUAACAACCCCUGUACAGGAACUUGUGGACAGAAUGCUUUGUGUUCUGUCGUUAAUCACGUUCCUGUUUGCACAUGCCCACCAGGAACAUCAGGAAACGCGUUUGUAGUUUGCUCCACUGUGCAAGUGCAAGCGCCCCAAGAUCCCUGCAACCCAACACCAUGUGGACCCAACAGUCAGUGCAGAAAGAUAAAUGAUCAAGCAGUUUGUUCUUGCAUCCCUAGCUACCUAGGUACUCCACCCAAUUGUAGGCCAGAGUGUAUCCUUAGUUCCGACUGUCCAUCUAAUAUGGCAUGCAACAAUCAGAAGUGUAUAGACCCAUGCCCUGGCACUUGUGGCAUCAGAGCAGAAUGCGUGGUAGUGAACCACAAUCCAAUUUGCAGCUGCCCCUCGGAUCUGACUGGCAACCCCUUCACAAUGUGUAUCAGAAAACAAGAGGAGCCACAAGUUCUAAACCCAUGCGUACCAACACCCUGCGGUCCAAAUAGUCGGUGUCAAGUCAUAAAUAACUCACCCUCUUGCUCAUGUUUGCCCGAGUUUCUUGGAUCUCCUCCCAAUUGUAAACCUGAGUGCAUAAGCAACAGCGAGUGUUCCACCCACUUAGCAUGUAUCAAUCAGAAAUGUCGUGACCCCUGUCCGGGUUCCUGUGGCGCUAACGCCGAGUGCCGCGUGAUAAGUCACACUCCAAUGUGUGUCUGUUCUUAUGGUUACAUGGGAGAUCCAUUUGUACAAUGUCUACCAAGACCAGCCAUUGAGGACACGACUAAGAAACCCACGCCAUGUGUGCCAUCCCCCUGCGGAUCAAACGCAAUCUGUAACGAACAGAAUGGCGCUGCGUCCUGCAGGUGCCUCCCUGAUUACGUCGGCAACCCUUACGAAGGGUGUCGACCAGAAUGUGUCAUCAAUUCCGACUGCACGGCAGACAGAGCUUGCAUCAGGUCCAAGUGUCAGAAUCCUUGUCCAGGAUUCUGCGGAUACAACGCUGUCUGCCAAGUUGUCAGUCAUGCUCCGCUUUGCUCUUGCCAAGUAGGAUUUACCGGUGACCCAUUCACCCAGUGCAAUAUUAUUCAAGAACAACCGAGACCAACUGACCCAUGUAACCCGUCACCUUGCGGAUUAAACAGUCGGUGUCGCGUGUCCAAUGGCCAAGCAAUUUGCUCCUGUUCACCCACCUUCCUUGGAACACCGCCGAUGUGUAGACCAGAGUGUACAGUUAGCUCGGAUUGCGCCACGAACCGUGCGUGCAAGAACCGCAAAUGCGUGGAUCCUUGCACUGGUAUUUGCGGUAUCAAUGCUAGAUGCGAAGCGAUCAAUCACAGUCCGAUCUGCAGCUGUAACGCUGGUUUCACUGGUGAUUCUUUCGUGAGAUGUUUCAAGGUUCCAAGUGAGUAGCCGUCACACUCCGAGCCCGUGAAUCCUUGCGUGCCAUCACCUUGCGGUCCAUUCUCUGUUUGUCGUAUACUCGAUAACACGCAACUGUCAAGCUGCUCUUGCAUGGAGAACUACAUAGGAAGCCCACCCAACUGUCGUCCAGAAUGUACCAUCGAUUCUGAGUGUAGCAGCGACAGAGCUUGCUUGAGACAGAGGUGUACCGACCCUUGCCCAGGUUCUUGUGGCCAAGGGGCGCAAUGCUUAGUGGUGAACCACAUGGCUGUUUGUACUUGUCCGAAAGGAUACACCGGUGAUCCCUUCGUUAGCUGUUUCGUAGACGUACCUUCCACACAACCAACUCCGCAAGACGCUUGUAACCCCUCGCCCUGUGGAUCCAACGCUGUUUGUCGCGAUGGCACUUGCACUUGUAUGCCCGAGUACCAUGGCGAUCCCUAUUAUGGAUGUCGCCCAGAGUGCGUCCAGAACCCGGAUUGCGCAUUGGACAAAGCUUGUAAUCGCAACAAGUGUUUCGACCCUUGCAUAGGUGUCUGUGGACAGAACGCCGAGUGUGUGGUGAUUAAUCAUACACCUAUGUGUAGUUGCCCAGACGGUAUGUCUGGUAACGCGUUCACCACAUGCUAUCCGGUUAAAGACCCACAGAUAGUAGAACCCUGCAACCCGUCACCUUGUGGUCCCAAUAGCAGAUGCCAAGACUUCAGCGGACAAGCAGUUUGUUCUUGUGCCCCAGGUUACAUAGGAAAUCCUCCAGCUUGUCGACCAGAAUGUCUGGUCAACACCGAUUGUCCAUUGAACGAAGCUUGCGUGAACUUGAAAUGUAGCGACCCAUGCCCUGGAUCAUGCGGAGUGUCGGCCCGUUGUCAAGUGAUCAAUCACAACCCUAUAUGUAGCUGUCCUCCAGUUUUCACCGGUGAUCCGUUCGUGCGUUGCGUACCCAGACCGGAGGAACCUGUGUUACCCACAAACCCAUGUCAGCCAUCACCGUGUGGUCCCAAUGCAGUUUGUCAAGUGAUCAAUGACCAGCCAUCUUGUUCCUGCAAAUCAGAAUUCAUUGGAACCCCUCCUAAUUGUAGGCCCGAGUGUGCCAGUAAUACCGAGUGCAAUAACAAUCUAGCCUGCAUCAACCACAAGUGCAAAGAUCCUUGCCCGGGCUCUUGUGGGUCCAAUGCAGAGUGUCAUGUUGUGAAUCACGUACCAGCAUGCACUUGCAUGAGAGACUUCACAGGAGAUCCCUUCGUUCAAUGCACUGCCAAGCCACCGAUGUCAACGAUUCCGACGCAACCCUGUCAACCAUCCCCUUGCGGAGCCAACGCUAUUUGUCGUGAACAGAAUGGCGUUGGUUCUUGUUACUGUUUACCAGAGUAUAUUGGCAAUCCUUACGAAGGAUGUCGACCGGAAUGUACAAUUGCAUCAGACUGUCCCUCCCAUUUGGCUUGCAUCAAUCUCAAGUGUCAGAAUCCUUGUCCCGGUGCUUGCGGUGGCAACACCAACUGCCAAGUGGUUAACAAUCUGCCAGUGUGCACUUGCCUGCCACAGUACAUCGGUGAUCCAUACGUGAAUUGCUUGUACAAAUUGCCAUCCAUCGAAAAAGACGAACCCGACUUAUGCAGACCAUCACCUUGCGGUCCGAACAGUCAGUGCCAGAGUAUCACUGGUCAGGCGGUGUGCUCUUGCCUACCCCAAUACGUAGGAACCCCACCGAAUUGUCGACCCGAAUGUGUCGUCAAUUCAGAGUGUAAUUCGAAUCUGGCCUGUGUCAAUCAGAAGUGCAGAGACCCAUGCGCUGGAACCUGUGGACGCAAUGCACAGUGCAAAGUGAUUCAUAACAGUCCUAUCUGUAGCUGUGGAAGCGGCUUAACAGGAGAUCCAUUUGUGUAUUGCUUCCCCAUUCCAAUAACUACACCAGAAGUUCAGUAUCCAAAAGAUCCGUGCAUUCCAUCCCCUUGCGGUCCAAAUGCGCUGUGCAAACCUUCAGGUGACACUCCUGUAUGCACUUGUAUGAACAACUAUAUUGGUGUGCCCCCCAACUGUCGACCAGAGUGCACCAUGAAUUCAGAUUGCACAGCGAACAAAGCUUGUAUUCGGGAGAAGUGUAGGGACCCUUGUCCAGGAUCCUGCGGCAUCGGUGCACGUUGUACAGUGGUUAAUCACACACCAUCGUGUAACUGUCCUGCAGGCUACACUGGUGAUCCUUUCAUCAGCUGUUCUCUUAUUCCUCAACCUGACAUAACAGAAGCUCCAACAGACCUAUGCAAUCCAUCACCAUGCGGACCCAACGCACAGUGCAGAGAUGGCACUUGCACUUGUAUACCUGGUUACUUAGGUGACCCGUACAGUAUUUGUCGUCCUGAAUGUGUUAUUAACACUGAUUGUCUGCGAACCGAAGCUUGUAUACUGCACAAAUGCAGAAACCCUUGUGUAGGAACGUGUGGAGCAAAUGCAAUGUGCAAUGUAGUCAAUCACUUGCCCAUGUGCAGUUGUCCUAGAAACAUGACUGGAAACGCGUUUAUAUCCUGUACCCCAAUGAAAGACGUGAACAUCGUUGACCCUUGCAAUCCAUCCCCAUGUGGUGCAAACAGUCACUGUCGGUCCUCCAAUGGGCAAGCAGUUUGCACUUGCAUCAAUGGAUUCAAAGGAUCGCCACCUUCCUGUAGGCCAGAGUGCAUUGUCAGCACUGAUUGCUCACGUGACAAAGCUUGUAGCAAUCAGAAGUGCAUUGAUCCUUGUUUGGGCGCUUGUGGCUUAUCAGCACAGUGUACUGUCAUCAAUCACAACCCUGUGUGCAGGUGUUUCGACCAGUUCGUUGGAGAUCCGUUUGUUCAAUGCACACCGCCCAGCAAGGUACCGAAUGUACCAGUGAACCCCUGUCAACCGUCACCCUGUGGUCCAAACGCAGUCUGCCAAGUGAUCAACAACACGCCCUCUUGUUCCUGUCUCCCAGAAUUUAUAGGAACUCCGCCAAACUGUAAACCAGAGUGCGUGAGCAAUUCUGAGUGUCCAGUUCAACAGGCUUGCAUCAAUCAAAAGUGUCAAGACCCUUGUCCAGGAUCCUGCGGUAGAAACACAGAAUGCAGAACGAUCAGUCAUACUCCCAUGUGUAGUUGCGCUAGCGGUUUCACCGGGAAUCCGUUCGUUCAAUGUAGCCCUCAACCUAUGGAGGAUACGCCAACCAGAGUGAACCCGUGCCAGCCAUCUCCCUGCGGUGCAAACGCUGUUUGUCGUGACUCUUAUGGUUCAGCUCUAUGCAGCUGUUUACCCGAUUUCUAUGGCAAUCCCUACGAGAACUGUCGACCCGAGUGUCUCAUUGAUUCCGACUGUCAGUUCAAUCGAGCUUGCAUCAGAAACAAAUGCCAAGACCCCUGUCCAGGAACCUGCGGUUUCAACGCAGCAUGUCAAGUCGUGAAUCACAUCCCCAGCUGUAGUUGUAGGUCAGGUUACACCGGAAACCCGUUCAAGUCCUGUGGUGCACUCGCAGAACUUCCCAAACCAUCCACCCCGAAUCCAUGCGUGCCAUCACCCUGUGGACCAAACAGUCGUUGUCAGGACAACAAUGGCCAAGCUAGUUGCUCUUGCCUGCCCUCCUUCAAAGGAACCCCACCAGGAUGUAGACCAGAGUGUGUAGUUAGCGCUGAAUGUCCCACUAACCAGGCUUGUAUGGGCCAGAGAUGCGUUGACCCUUGUCCAGGUGUCUGUGGCGUGGACGCUAGAUGUGAAGUGUUCCACCACAGUCCCAUAUGCAGCUGUAGUCCUGGUCAGACAGGAGACCCAUUCGUGAAAUGUUUUGAUGUCACCACAAUAGUACCGCCCACUCCCGUGAACCCCUGCGUGCCAUCCCCCUGCGGACCGUUCUCUCAGUGCCAAGACAUAGGAGGCAUUCCAUCGUGCUCCUGCCUAUCUAACUACGUCGGUUCAGCUCCCAAUUGCCGGCCAGAAUGUUUGGUCAAUUCGGACUGUACCAGCGAUAAAGCCUGUAUCAGAGAGAAGUGUAUAGAUCCUUGCCCAGGAUCGUGCGGAACAAAUGCAUUGUGCAAUGUUAUCAGCCACACACCAUCCUGCAGCUGUCCUGCAGAUUUUGUAGGCGACGCCUUUACCAGUUGCCAACCGAUUCUUGAACCAGCCCCUCCAGCACCCUCAGACCCAUGCAACCCCUCACCCUGUGGACCAAACACCCAAUGUCGAAACGGAGUCUGCACCUGCAUAACCGAGUACCGUGGCAACCCCUACGAAGGCUGUUACCCGGAGUGCGUACAGAACUCAGACUGUAGCCGCGACAAAGCCUGCUCCAACAACAAAUGCGUGGACCCGUGUCCGGGAGUCUGCGGCCAGAACGCCGAGUGCGUCGCGGUUAAUCACAUUCCGACCUGCAGUUGCAUAGAAAGCUACGAAGGGGAUCCCUUCACCUACUGUAAACCCGUGCAAAAACGCGUGAAACCCUGCGAGCCCUCGCCCUGCGGACCCAACAGCGUCUGCCGUGAUUUCGGCGAGCAAGCCUCUUGCUCCUGCCUCCCUGGAUACUUCGGGACUCCGCCCAGUUGUAGACCCGAGUGUCUCGUGAACACCGACUGCGAGCAGAGUAGGGCUUGCGUGAACCAGAGAUGCCAGAAUCCUUGCGAGAAUACCUGCGGCCAGGCCGCGCUGUGCGCAGUGCGCAAUCACAAUCCCAUUUGCAGCUGCCCUGCCGGUUAUUCGGGCGACCCAUUCGUCAGCUGCUUCCCCAUCCAACCGAACGACGUGGAACCCAGCCUGGACCCGUGCACCCCCUCACCGUGUGGACCGAACUCCCAGUGCACCGUAAUCAACAAUAAACCUUCCUGCGCCUGUAUGCCCGAGUUCAUAGGAUCUCCUCCCAACUGUAGACCCGAAUGCCUCGUAAACAGCGAGUGCCCCGGCAAUCAGGCCUGCGUUAAGCAGAAGUGUACCAAUCCUUGCGUAGGACUCUGCGGUACCAAUGCCCUCUGCCAAGUUGCCCUGCAUUACAUCCAUUGCGUCUGUCCCGAGGGAUAUACCGGGGACCCGGUCACAGUUUGUUCCCCGAUCACGACGCCCGCAAAACCACCGACACCGUCGAGACCGUGCAGCCCUUCGCCCUGUGGAGUCAACGCCUACUGCCGAGAGAGGUACAACACCGCGUUCUGCGAGUGUAUCCCUGGAUACAGAGGAAACGCGUACGAAGGUUGCCAACCGGAGUGCUUGGUGAACACCGACUGCCCGAAGUCCCAAGCUUGCAUCAGGACCAAGUGUCAAGAUCCUUGUCUUGGCACUUGUGGCGUUGGAGCGAUCUGCACGGUGUCCAAUCACAUUCCUAUUUGUUCUUGCCCUCAACCAACUAUAGGGGAUGCGUUCACACUCUGCAGAGUAGAAGAACCAAAAGAAAGGGAUCCUUGCUCUCCAUCUCCCUGCGGACCGAACACUCUCUGUGAGAAAGUCGGCGACACGGUGGUGUGCAAGUGUCUCCCUGGUCUCCAAGGUGUACCUUCGAGCGUCACUGGUUGUCAUCCGGAAUGCGUGAUCAGUUCCGACUGCCCGGGAGAUAAGGCGUGCAUUAACAACAGAUGCGUGAACCCCUGCACCCAGAAUGUGUGUGGUAUCAGAGCGACUUGCAAGGCGAUCAAUCACAGUCCACUUUGCAGUUGUCCGUCACCGUUCAUUGGCAAUCCGUUCGUAGAAUGCACUGAACCAGUUGAAACUGAUCCUUGCAGUCCAUCGCCCUGCACCUACAAUGGCGAAUGCAAGAUUAGAAACAGUGUUGCAGUGUGUAUUUAUCCGGAGUGUGUCAUCAACGAAGAUUGUCCACGGGACAAAGCCUGCUUCACGCAGAAAUGCAGAGAUCCUUGCAUAGGCGCUUGUGGCGUCAAUUCCAUCUGCCAAACAGUCAAUCAUAAGCCUGUCUGUUCGUGUCCAUCUGGAUUCACUGGUAACGCAAGGAUACAAUGCAACAUUCCACCAGCUGAUGUGCCAGUUCCGGAAUGCACUCAGAACUCAGAGUGUCCGAAUGACAAGUCCUGCUACAAUCAGAAGUGCAUCAAUCCUUGCACAUUGGACUCGUGUGGCUACAACAGUCGCUGCCACGUGCUGUUGCACAGAGCUGUAUGCGUCUGCAAUGAAGGUUUCACUGGCAAUCCUCAACAAUACUGUCGUGAAAUUGGAUGUCGCGGGGACAGCGAAUGCCCCUUGGCUCAGUCCUGCAUCAACAACGAGUGCGUGGACGCUUGCUUGGUCACACAAUGUGGCGUCAAUGCUCUCUGUUCAUCCGAUGGUUACCAUAAACCACGUUGCUACUGUCCUGAGGGAUACCAAGGAAAUCCGUAUCAUAUCUGUGAGAGACCAGAAUGUAUUAACGACAAUGAUUGCCCAUCUUCCUUGGCGUGCAGCAGCCAGAGAUGCGUCAACCCUUGCGACUGUCCAAUGUCUGCACAAUGCUCUGUCAUUAACCACAGACCAACAUGUCGGUGUCCACCUGGUUACACGGGUGACCCGUACACGAAUUGCCACAUGGAACCAACGGACUUGCAAUGUCAAGUAGACGGAGACUGUCCCAGUAAAUUGGGCUGCUUCAGUGGAGUCUGCAAAGAUCCGUGCAUCGAAACGAAACCUUGUAUCACAGGUGCAAGAUGUUCUGUUGUGGACACGCUACCAAUGAGGACAAUGAUCUGCGAAUGCUUACCGAACUUCGCUGGCGACGCAACAGUCGCUUGUAUUCCAGUGGAUAAACAACUUGACGCAAUCUGCAACACCAAUUCCGACUGCACAUCAAACAUGGCGUGCUUGAACCAACGAUGCGUCAACCCUUGCACCAUCAACCCCUGUGCAUCGAAUGCGCAGUGCGUUGUACAAAACCAUCGUCGCCAAUGUCACUGUAACACUGGUCUAUCCGGAGAUCCAUUCAUGAAUUGCUAUAGAGAUACCGAGGGCUUCCCUGACUGUACAUCAAACUCAGACUGCUCACCUGAAGCAGCUUGCAUUAAUCAGCUGUGCCAGAACCCAUGUCUGGGCUCACAGUGUGGAUUAAACGCAGAGUGCAUCAUGGUGAACCAUCACCCGACGUGUCACUGUCGACAAAACUAUGCUGGUGAUCCCCAAGUACAGUGCUUCAAACCUGAAUGCAAGUCUGACGACGACUGUCCCUACGACAAGGCCUGCCAAAACGAAAACUGUGUUAGCCCGUGCCUCGAUGGCGGCAUUGCUUGCGGUCGUGGUGCACAGUGCGUUGCGGUUUCCCAUCGAGCGCAAUGCAUGUGCCCGCGAGGUACCCAAGGCGACGCGCGAAUAGCUUGCGUCUCGGCAGUAUGUCAUUACAAUGAAGAUUGCGCUGAUUAUGAAGCAUGCGACAGACUGAACAGGGUUUGUCGACCGGUUUGCGAUGAAGAUGUUUGUGCAGACACUGCUCAAUGCGUUGCUAAGGAGCACCAACCGAGGUGCAUAUGUCCUUCAGGAACAUCUGGAAAUCCUUACAUCGAAUGCACGGGUGUUUCUACAGAAGUAGGAUGCAGGGCAGAUAGUGAAUGUCCAUUUUAUUUAGCCUGCAUCAAUGCAAGGUGUCAAGAUCCCUGUCUGUCAUCGCAUAUGUGCACUGGUGAUCAAGAAUGUAAAGUAUUAAAUACGGUACCACUUCGUACAAUGAUAUGUAGCUGCCCACCACACACCAUCACUGACAUCAACGGGCAAUGCAAGAAGAUUCUGGUAGCUGAUGUCCAGUGUCACCAAGAUCAAGACUGCAAUAAUUCAGAUAAAUGCAUCAGUGGAACUUGCAUCGAAGCCUGUCUCACUACUCAGUGUGGUCUGAACGCUCAAUGCAAGUCAGCAUCUCACACUGGUAUCUGUCAGUGUGCUCCAGAUUUCACUGGCAACGCUUACAUCGAAUGCAUCAGAACUCCAAUUAUAACCUUACCACCGCCUCGCCCAGAGUGCUACACGAAUAGUGAAUGUCCUAACGAUAAGCAAUGCAUUAAUUCCCUCUGUGUGAAUCCUUGCGUAACCACGGAUCCUUGCGGAAGAAACGCACUGUGCCACGUCAACAAUCAUAUUGCGGUUUGUAGAUGUCCAGCUAACUAUGAGGGCGACGCCAGGCACAAUUGCAUACCACCUGGCAUAGUAGCUGAAUGUCGUUCGAACAGCGAUUGCGCCGGUAAUGCUGCCUGUGUAAACAGUUUGUGCAUUAAUCCUUGCAACUGCGGUCCAAACGCCAAAUGCAACGUUGUCGACCAUUAUCCAUCUUGCGUGUGCCCGCCUGGUUACUCUGGAAAUCCCCAAUUAGGCUGCUUCAAAUUGGAUUGCGAGACUGACAGCGAGUGUAACAACGCCGCAACCUGCUACAACGGGCAAUGCGUGAAUCCAUGCAUCCUGGAGAACAAGUGUGCGAUCAACGCGGAAUGCUACGGCCAAAACCAUCGCGCUGUUUGCCGCUGCGGAGCCGGUUAUCUUGGCAACCCAGAAGUCCAUUGCGAGCGCGCCGAGUGCAACGCAGAUCACGAUUGUCCUCGAAACCUGGCUUGCUACAGUGGACGCUGCGUCAAUCCGUGCAUCGAGGAAUCACCGUGCGCGCAGAACGCCGUCUGCUACGUUCAAGAUCACGAAUCCACUUGUCGCUGUCCUGAGAACUUACCUGCCGGAAACCCGUACUCUUAUUGCGAGCAUCUCACUACUUACUUGGACGAGCCAGAGUGCAGAGUAGACCUCGAUUGCGCUGAUAAACUAGUGUGCAUCAAGAACAAAUGCAUCGAUCCUUGCCCGGUGAUCAAACCGUGCUUGGAGAACGCUAGAUGCAAUGUCCUUGACACUGUACCUGUAAGAACCAUGACGUGUACCUGUCCAGAGGGCUGGACCACUGACAUCGAUGGAGUCUGCAGACCAAUUCAAAUAACGAUCAUUGGCACUUGCACCAGUAACGACGAGUGCAGCGACAACGAAUCCUGCAUCAACAGACAGUGCAGGAACCCGUGCAACUGCGGUACCAACGCUGCAUGCUACGUGAGAAACCACAAGCCCAUCUGUUCGUGCGAGGAAGGCUACCAAGGCAAUCCAGACAUCGCUUGCUACUCAGUGGAAUGUAGGAGAGACAGCGAGUGCGCUCUAGACAAGAGUUGCGUGAACAACAACUGUGUGAAUCCUUGCUUGGUAUCGGACAGCUGUGGCGUGAACGCAGAGUGCUAUCCUAACAAUCAUAAAUCCGACUGCCGCUGUCGCAAGGGCUACCAUGGCAAUCCUUUGGAUCGCUGCAGAGUGAUCGGUUGUUACAGCAAUGGCGACUGUCCGGGCGACCAUUCCUGCAUCAAUCUGCAAUGCGUGGAUCCUUGUCUGCACAGCAAUCCAUGCUCGCCACUGGCCGAGUGCAGAGUAUUCAACCAUUUGCCCAUAUGUCGUUGCCCAUCCCAUCACGUGGGCAAUCCCUACGUAAACUGCAAACCAGAAGACAAACCAGAGUGCAGAGAGGACGACGACUGCCCCGAUUCGCUGGCCUGCUUCAAUAACAGAUGCCAGAAUCCUUGCUCCAUUAUCGCACCAUGCAGCGAACCGUCCGAGUGCAGGGUACUGCCAACUCACCCUGUCCGCAGUAUGGUGUGCGUAUGUCCAAGCGGUUACGUCAGCAGCGGCAGCGGUACGUGUAGAGCUACAAAGCCUAUUCAGGACAUCGAGUGUACUAAAGACAGCGACUGUCCGUCGGACAAGUCCUGCGUGAACGCGGUCUGCAAAAACCCGUGCGCUUGUGGACCCAAUUCGGAAUGCCUCGUUGUGGACCAUAAGCCCAUUUGCUCCUGCGUUGUGGGCUACGAUGGAAACGCUGAUGUGGCUUGCACUAAAGUGGUCGGAUGCCGUACAGACUCUGACUGCAGUGGAUCCCACACCUGCGUUCAACACAACUGUGUCCCAGCGUGCUCCCCAACCGAGCCGACCUGCGGCAAGAACGCCGUAUGCCAAGGAGUCAAUCACAAAGCCAUCUGUGAAUGUCCACCGGGUCUCGGUGGCAAUCCUAGAGUCGCCUGCACUCUCCUGGGCUGCAGGACUAACACGGAUUGCCCCACAAACAAGGCGUGCGUCAACAGUCGCUGCGAGAACCCGUGUGUUGUGAACCCUUGCCGCGGGGACAUGAACUGCAACGUUUACAAUCACCUGGUGGAAUGCGCUUGUCCACCUGGUUACAUUGGCGAUGUUGAAUCAGGAUGUACCAAACUCACAGAACGGUGCAAGGCAGACAACGAAUGUCCAUCCCAAACUGCCUGCUUCAAUGGCGAAUGCAUCAACCCUUGCGUGAAGAUUCAACCGUGCGUGGCGAACGCAGACUGUAAAGUUCUGGAUACAAGUCCUGUGCGGACCAUGAUCUGUGAGUGCAUGCCAGGGUACAGGGGAAAUGCGGUUGAACGCUGUGAGAAAGCUAACAUCUGUCCAGUGGAGAAGGGUCAAGUACGUGAUGAGAAUGGUAAUUGUGUCUGUCCACCUGGCACAGCUAAAGAUGAGAGCGACGUGUGCAUACCUUGUCGCAAACAGAGUGGAAUGAUCAUCAAUGAAGACGGAUACUGCGUUUGUGCUUUGGAAAAUGGCAUGAUCAUCGACGAGUAUGGCCGUUGCGUGUGCUCAACGAAACAUGGAUACAGACUAGACGCUAAUGGAUACUGUAAAUUAGUAGAUAUAGUCGAAUGCAGACGCGACGAUGAUUGCGCUGACAACAGAUACUGCGACAAGACCAGUCAAACCUGCGAAGAUCCUUGUUUGACGCAGUUGUGUGGCAUGAACGCCAUCUGCAAUACCACUCGACAUCAAGCUAUUUGCACGUGCAUCAGUGGCUACAGUGGAAACGCUUAUACUCAAUGCUACAACGGAAACAGAGGACGCACCGACUUCCCUAGACCGGAUAUAAUUGUCAGCUGUUUAUCCGAUGGAGUCCAAGUUUUGAUACACCUUCUGGAUGAUGAAUUCGAUGGUGUCCUCUACGUUAAAGGCCGCAGCAAAGAUGAACAGUGUAGAAGAGUGGUAUCCAUUUCUGCUGACACCAUGCAUAAAACGGAGAUAUUUAAAGUGGUGUUUGGAAAUUGUGGACUGUUCCACGUGAAUGGACAAGCUAGCUUCGUUUUAGUCAUCCAGAAGCAUCCAAAAUUAAUGACAUAUAAAGCCCAGGCCUAUCACAUCAAAUGUAUCUACCAAACUGGAGAGCAGAACGUUACACUCGGUUUCAAUGUUUCAAUGCUAACCACCGCUGGAACUAUUGCUAACACAGGACCACCACCAGUCUGUCUCAUGAAGAUUGUCACCCAAAAUGGAAAUGAAAUCAACUCUGCUGAAAUUGGAGAUAAUUUGAUGUUGCAAGUCGAAGUUCAACCUUCCAGCAUUUACGGUGGAUUCGCCCGAAACUGUGUAGCCAAGACAAUGGAGGACAACUUAGAGAACGAGUAUAUAGUAACAGAUGAAAAUGGAUGCGCGACAGAUCCGACGAUAUUUGGGGAAUGGGAACAGAAUCCUGAAACCCAAGCAUUAAUGGCUAGCUUUAACGCGUUCAAGUUCCCAAGUAGCGAUAAUAUUCGAUUCCAGUGCAAUAUUCGCGUGUGCUUCGGCCGCUGCCAGCCUGUCAACUGCCGAGGAUACAAUGCAUUUGGCCGCCGCCGACGAGACGUUGAUUCCGAGACUAAUGACACAGCUUUGAGCGUUACUGACAACUUUGAGGGACAACUUCGAGAAGAAAUAACAAUCCAGUCAAAUCUAAUAUUCACCUUAGAGAGGAGAGAAGAAAGGUUUACAGCGGAUCCAGCUGAAAUUGCUUCAGCUCAAAGAGUGGAGGAUAUAUGUGUUUCUAUGGUCGGCUUUGUGAUAGCAUUAGUAAUCACAGCACUUUUGGCACUAGUCGCUGUAGCUAUUGCUGUAUCUUGCUGGCUAAUGGCGUAUCGACGCCAGCCAAAGACUGCUGGACCACUGCCACAUCCACCAGAGUUCCCAAAUCCACUGUUCACUACUGAGUCCGUAGCUGAACCUUCUCCUGACUAUCACCUAUCAUAAGUCCUCUAGGAUAAUUAUUAUUUUAUAACGUAAUUUUAUAUAAUUCCCGUUGGAAUGCACUUCAGACCACUAUAUUCGGAUGGUCGGUCUUGUAUUUCUAGAAACAACUCCUCCACUGACUAGUCCUCCGUGUUUUCCUCCUUAGGGUUCACACUGCCGCGUGAUGUUGUUUACUGUUAUAUAUAUACGAGUACCCUAAAUCACGAUAUAGAUAUAUAUAUAUAUAUAAAUAUAUGUACUAUUUAUGGUGAUGGUUUGCUUCCAUUAUCUACACUCAAUCAGUCUUUCGACAAUCUUUCCUCUGAACUGUCCUUUCUAUUUUUAGUCUUUGGAGGAUUUGUUAAGCGUAACACUGCGAAUUUAAUUUACGUGUAAAGUCAAACGAAUUAGUCUAAUAUAGCUUUCUUACUUCGAGCGUAGGUAACUGUACAUUUUAUCUAAUAAAACGCUAAUGUAAUAUUUUUAAAUGAAUGCUCCACCGUUUGUAUUACAUCGUGACAAUGGCGAUAUGUUUGCGAAACGAAGAAAUUGGAAGGUGCAUGUAAAACCCGUAAGUAUGGUGUUGUUUAAGAAUAUUUUCGUAAACCGAUUUUAUUAUAAAUUACUCGUUACAUUUACAUAAUUUACAAAAAGUAGAAUACAUUUAAUGUUAUUAAAAAUUUUCAAUUAUAUUAUUAGAUAAUUCUCUUCAUGCUGGAAUUAAAUAAUAAUUUGGCUGGCAUUCCAAACAACUGAAUCAUAAUUAACAAUUCAAAACAUUCGUUCGGUGUGGGAAAACAUUAUCCUUUUAUAACUGCAAUUGGUCUUAAUUUUAUGCAUUUCCGAGAUAUGCCUGCGGCAUGACAUGUAUUUACAACAUCCGUUACAUUUUUGUAGGAUUCCGGUGCUUCUUCCAUCACCAGUUUUGGCGAAGCAACUCUUAUGGAUAUUCCUUGCUGUUCUAAUUUUCGUAACACUACUGUAUAAUCUAAGUUCCUCCGUGAUUUGGCUCUAGACAGAGCUCGGCCCUGAACACAAUUUACAAUUAAUAUAUAUAUUCUUAUUUUCUAAAUAUCGUAUGAGUACUUACUGCUCCAUGACAAGUCGAUCCAAAUGUCUCCUUCAUACCCUGUUCAGUGCCAGUAAGAACAUAACUACAUGUUCCCAUGGUACCACCAAUUAAAACUG